CUCAGUUCUCGGGCCUGCAAGUUUGAGCAGCUGCUGUGUGUUUAUCCUGAGAAUCCCCAUUACUGUGAGAUCGUGCAGAGGUAGUGGAUACAGUGCUGGGAGACACAGGGAGGAGCUGCCAGUCAGGUGACUAUUGUUAUAUGAUGAGCUUCCUAUACAGUUACACAAAGGAAAUGUUCAAAUAUAAUGUUCUAUGUAUCUAAUGUGAGAUCAAUGGGAACUACCUGUAAUGUAUGUGGGAAAUAUAUAUACAUAUAUAAUGUAUGGGGUAAACAUACACCCCCUGUAUAUACUGUGUAUAUAAUGUAUGGGGUAAAUAUACACCCCCUGUAUAUACUGUGUAUAUAAUGUAUGGGGUAAAUAUACACCCCCUGUAUAUACUGUGUAUAUAAUGUAUGGGGUAAAUAUACACCCCCUGUAUAUACUGUGUAUAUAAUGUAUGGGGUAAAUAUACACCCCCUGUAUAUACCGUGUAUAUAAUGUAUGGGGUAAAUAUACACCCCCUGUAUAUACUGUGUAUAUAAUGUAUGGGGGGUAAAUAUACACCCUCUGUAUAUACUGUGUAUAUAAUGUAUGGGGUAAAUAUACACCCCCUGUAUAUACUGUGUAUAUAAUGUAUGGGGUAAAUAUACACCCCCUGUAUAUACUGUGUAUAUAAUGUAUGGGGUAAAUAUACACCCCCUGUAUAUACCGUGUGUAUAAUGUAUGGGGUAAAUAUACACCCCCUGUAUAUACUGUGUAUAUAAUGUAUGGGGUAAAUAUACACCCCCUGUAUAUACUGUGUAUAUAAUGUAUGGGUUAAAUAUACACCCCCUGUAUAUACUGUGUAUAUAAUGUAUGGGGUAAAUAUACACCCCCUGUAUAUACUGUGUAUAUAAUGUAUGGGGUAGUGGAUACAGUGCUGGGAAACACAGGGAGGAGCUGGCAGUCAGGUGACUAUUGUUAUAUGAUGAGCUUCCUAUACAGUUACAUAAAGGAAAUGUUCAAAUAUAAUGUUCUAUGUAUCUAAUGUGAGAUCAAUGGGAACUGCCUGUAAUGUAUGUGGGAAAUAUAUAUAUAUAAUGUAUGGGGUAAAUAUACACCCCCUGUAUAUACUGUGUAUAUAAUGUAUGGGGCAAAUAUACACCCCCUGUAUAUACUGUGUAUAUAAUGUAUGGGGCAAAUAUACACCCCCUGUAUAUACUGUGUAUAUAAUGUAUGGGGUAAAUAUACACCCCCUGUAUAUACUGUGUAUAUAAUGUAUGGGGUAAAUAUACACCCCUGUAUAUACUGUGUAUAUAAUGUAUGGGGUAAAUAUACACCCCCUGUAUAUACUGUGUAUAUAAUGUAUGGGGUAAAUAUACACUCCCUGUAUAUACUGUAUAUAUAAUGUAUGGGGUAAAUAUACACCCCCUCUAUAUACUAUGUAUAUAAUGUAUGGGGGUAAAUAUACACCCCCUGUAUAUACUGUGUAUAUAAUGUAUGGGGUAAAUAUACACCCCCUGUAUAUACUGUAUAUAUAAUGUAUGGGGUAAAUAUACACCCCCUGUAUAUACUGUAUAUAUAAUGUAUGGGGUAAAUAUACACCCCCUGUAUAUACAGUAUAUAUAAUGUAUGGGGUAAAUAUACACCCCCUGUAUAUACCGUGUAUAUAAUGUAUGGGGUAAAUAUAUACCCCCUGUAUAUACCGUGUAUAUAAUGUAUGGGGUAAAUAUACACCCCCCUGUAUAUACCGUGUAUAUAAUGUAUGGGGUAAAUAUACACCCCCUGUAUAUACCGUGUAUAUAAUGUAUGGGGUAAAUAUACACCCCCUGUAUAUACUGUGUAUAUAAUGUAUGGGGUAAAUAUACACCCCCUGUAUAUACUGUGUAUAUAAUGUAUGGGGUAAAUAUACACCCUGUAUAUACUGUGUAUAUAAUGUAUGGGGUAAAUAUACACCCCCUGUAUAUACUGUGUAUAUAAUGUAUGGGGUAAAUAUACACCCCCUGUAUAUACUGUGUAUAUAAUGUAUGGGGGUAAAUAUACACCCUCUGUAUAUACUGUGUAUAUAAUGUAUGGGGGUAAAUAUACACCCCCCUGUAUAUACUGUGUAUAUAAUGUAUGGGGGUAAAUAUACACCCCCUGUAUAUACUGUGUAUAUAAUGUAUGGGGUAAAUAUACACCCCCUGUAUAUACUGUGUAUAUAAUGUAUGGGGUAAAUAUACACCCCCUGUAUAUACUGUGUAUAUAAUGUAUGGGGGGAAAUAUACACCCCCUGUAUAUACUGUGUAUAUAAUGUAUGGGGGGAAAUAUACACCCCCUGUAUAUACUGUGUAUAUAAUGUAUGGGGGGUAAAUAUACACCCCCAAAAGGAAAUGUUCAAAUAUAAUGUUCUAUGUAUCUAAUGUGAGAUCAAUGGGAACUACCUGUAAUGUAUGUGGGAAAUAUAUAUAUAAUGUAUGGGGUAAAUAUACACCCCCUGUAUAUACUGUGUAUAUAAUGUAUGUGGGUAAAUAUACACCCCCUGUAUAUACUGUGUAUAUAAUGUAUGGGGUCAAUAUACACCCCCUGUAUAUACUGUGUAUAUAAUGUAUGGGGUAAAUAUACACCCCCUGUAUAUACUGUGUAUAUAAUGUAUGUGGGUAAAUAUACACCCCCUGUAUAUACUGUGUAUAUAAUGUUUGGGGGUAAAUAUACACCCCCUGUAUAUACUGUGUAUAUAAUGUAUGGGGUAAAUAUACACCCCCUGUAUAUACUGUGUAUAUAAUGUAUGGGGUAAAUAUACAUGUAUAUACUGUGUAUAUAAUGUUUGGGGUAAAUAUACACCCAUGUAUAUAUAAUGUAUGGGGUAAAUAUACACCCUGUAUAUACUGUGUAUAUGGGGUAAAUAUACACCCCCUAUACUGUGGGUAAUGUAUGGGGUAAAUAUACACCCCCUGUAUAUACUGUGUAUAUAAUGUAUGGGGGUAAAUAUACACCCCCUGUAUAUACUGUAUAUAUAAUGUAUGGGGGUAAAUAUACACCCCCUGUGUAUAUAAUGUAUGGGGGGUAAAUAUACAGCCCCUGUAUGUACUGUGUAUAUAAUGUAUGGGGUAAAUAUACACCCCCUGUAUAUACUGUGUAUAUAAUGUAUGGGGCUAAUAUACACCCACUGUAUAUACUGUGUAUAUAAUGUUUGGGGUAAAUAUACACCCCCUGUAUACUUGGCUUGCAAUGAGGUUCCAGAGGUAAAGGAAGUUUUUGUGUUUUUGCCAAUGAUAUACGUCAGGUUGCUUCCACACUGUCAUUCUCUGAAGUUCUGCCUGUGCAUAACACUCAGAACGACAAGCGGAUGCGUAUUAGGGACUUUAACUUGUGGCUUGAAUGGUGUCGGGAGCAAGGAUUUGGCUUCAUUUCUUAUGUUAGCUCUCUUUGGAGUGGAAAUAAACUGUACGAAAAAGAUGGUUUGCAUCUUUCUCAAAAGGUAACAAAUGUUCUCAGUGAGCAGUUCAGAGGUUUUGCUAGGAUGUAUUUAAACUAGGAGGGGGGGGCAAAAGGGUAUAAAACAUCAAUCCAAUUUCCCCCAAAACAAGGACAGAAGGUGCCUGUAGCAAGUGUGUUUAAAAAAUGAUUAGCUUAGAGUCAUGUCUACAAAUGCUCGCAGUUUAGGGAAUAAGAUCCAUGAACUUGUGGCAAUAAUGGCAAUUGAUAAUGUAGAUUUAGUCUCUGUUUCUGAGACAUGGUAUAAUGAGAAAAAUUACGGGGACAUAGCAAUACCAGGGUACUCUUUUUUUAUAUAGAAAAGACAGGGAAGGCAAGAAAGGGGGAGGUGUUGCCCUAUAUGUGAAGGAUAGCAUAAAAUCUUGCCUAAUAAGUUAGUGAGGCGAACAUACAGUCUGAUUGGGUUACAUUAGAAUUUGGUAAUCGCACAGUAACUCACGUAGGUGUGAUUUAUAGGCCCUCAAGACACAUAGAAGAGUUAGAUAAUCUAUGUGAAGAAAUCCCUCAUUAUGUUCAGUAUUUCUCCCCUGUUCAUUCGGUAGAUGUAACUACCGAACAGAGACCACCCUCUCCUCCUCCCCCCCCGGCUCGUUAAACUUCAAAGCAUGCCUCAAUUGAACCCUCUACCUGUGCAGCCGUCGUUCGUAUUACCAAACGCCACGUGGCUGAGAAAACGGCGGCCAUCUUUUUUUAUGCGAACAAAGGCAACGGGACUUGGUCAUCGAAUGUCUGGAACUAAAAUCGGACACUCGACUUCACGAACACCGGUCUCAACAUACGGACGCUGGAUCUUUAUUUCCCGAACAGCUAGAAGAGCGCUGUUCGGUACUUUUGUGAAUGAGGAACAAUCACUGCUAAGAGCCAGGGGAAACCGUGGGAUUAUUAGUUUUUUUUUCUACUUAACGAAAUAGACUGGCAAAACUACCCAAACUCGUGGAACUGUUUCGGGCAGCAAAAUCGCGGUUAGCCGGUCACAAAAGACUUCCAUACUUUUUGAGAACCACAGAACCGAUCUGGGUGAAAUUUGAAUAUGUUGGUCACCCAGAUCGGGGCUAUCAGGGGACAUAUUGUUUGUGGGGAUACCAAAUGCCUAAAGUGGUGUUCUGAGUAUUGGGGAAAACUGUAAUUUUUUUGCGUGGAGUUAAUCAAGUUAUUACUUUAUCAGACUUGAUUAUCUCCAGGACUAGGGGAGGGAAUUGUAUGUUUGUGCUGGGAGUGUUUUACGUUUUUCCUGUAAAUGAUUGGAUGUACUUUGUCCCUCCCUGUGGGAUGUCCCCUUGCAUGGGGACUAGCAUAAAAGCCAGUGUGUGGCCAUUAAAAGCCAGUUCUGUUGUACCCUUCUUCUAGACUUCGGCUGAUGUUUGGGGAUUCGUAUGCUUUAUUAAAAGCUAUUGUAUUCAUAUGGAUUUCAUUUAUUUAAUCUACCGAACGGAGAGCUAUAAUCACUGAUGCUCUGGCGGUUCGGGAGGAAACUACCGAAUGAGGAUUGGAUAUCCUAGGUUUCCUUACAAUCUACUGGUUGAGGAAAUGGCUAAAAUGACAAUGAAAGGGGGAAGUUAUCAUCAUGGGUGACUUUAAUCUUCCUGAUGCAAACUGGAAAUCCCAAAUAGCUGCAUGUGCCAGGAGCACACUGUGACGGUAGUAAGAUGUCCCUUUCUCCUAAUAGCAGAAUAACAAUAGUCCACAGGGUAAAAUAACGCUGGUAUCGCCAAAUAAUCCAUACAUGAGCCAAAGCUUACUGCUGGAACAAGACUGAUUUACUGGAAGCAACAGGCAUUCAAUUUAUACAGUACAAGCUCAUCCUCUGGGCCAGGCUACAUAAUCGAGUUUCAGCAACAUACUAAACUCAAUUAUCUGCUGGUCAGAAACAUUAACCAUUUUCCACAUUUAAAAAAAAUAUACUUUAUACAUAUCAUAGAAAUAUAAAAACUACAUCCCUGGAUAGCUGAGGAUACUAGGAGUAACAUAUCCAAAUUGCACGAAAAUCCGUUCAGCAGUUUUCGUGUCGCAUCGUGUGGAAGUUUGACCGGCUCGCCAUGUGGUUGUAUCCGAGUUAGAGUUCCAUGAAAUUGGUAGCAAGAGCCGGUUUCUGUUCAUGCGGAAUUACACGAAAACUACCACAGCUAUAUGGCAUCUGGUUCCAUAUGAAUGCUCCACUCAUUCGGUUGAUUGAAACUCCCGAACGCCAGUUUGAUACUGUAAGUGGAAAUCGCUCAGAUGGGACUUACAUAGAGAACGGGUGUUCGUGUGAUUGCUAUGCUGAAAAUGGUUCCAGGCAAUCCACGAGUAAGUCACGCUGACCGCAUUUGGGAGAUCUAAGAUGGCCGCCAUUCCUUUGUUCUUGCCACGUGUUCGUAUGCCGAAUGGCAGCCACCUAGAAUCACUCAAUUACCUUGCGGUUUUCGUGGUUACUUGGUGUUCUAAGUUCUGAUUGCUACCCAGGGUGGUCUCCGUUCGGUAGAACGAAUAAAUGACCCGAACACAGAAAAAACAACAAAUACUUUACAGUCACUUAACUACCAGGGAGAGGAAAUAACCGAAUGGGUACAGGUAAACACAAGGAAAUCCUUUACAAUGGCCCCCCUUUUUCUCCCUGCUCUGGCAGACAUCUUUAAAUGUUCUACAAUAUGACCUAAAGUGGCUAGGUUUGCCACAAUGCUCCCCCAGAACCAAGCCGGCAUACACAGUCUGAUCCCAACGGAUCGGCUUGGGGAUGUCCGGAGGAGUACUCACAGAUCACUUUUCAAGUUCAGUUUGUCGGGAUAACCCGUCGGCGUUGCCAUUUUGCUUCCCAGGGCGGUAGUGGAUGGUAAAGUCAAAAGGCUGCAGCGCCAAACUCCAGCGCAGCAGCCUGGCAUUGUCCCCUGACACCCGGUUCAGCCACACCAACGGGUUGUGAUCUGUGACUAGCGAGAAUGGUUGUCCGUACAAAUAGGGCUGCAGCUUCUUGAGGGCCCACACCACGGCCAGGCAUUCCUUUUCGAUGGCGGCGUAGCUUACUUCCCGGGGUAAAAGUUUUCUGCUUAAGUAAGCCACUGGAUGCUCACCGCCAUCUGCUCCGACUUGGCUCAGUACUGCCCCCAAUCCAAACAUAGAAGCGUCUGUAUGGACGAGAAAACGUUUUGUUGGAUCAGGAGCAGCAAGUACAGGUGCGUUAACAAGAGCAGUUUUUAGUUGCUGGAAUGCCCGUUCACACUCUGGGGCCCAUUCUACUACUUUAGGGAGGUUUUUGCGGGUUAAAUCGGUGAGGGGUUUGGCCAGGGUGCUGUAAUCGGGCACAAACUUCCGAUAGUACCCUGCGGUACCUAAGAACGCCAGGACCUGGGUUUUGGUACGCGGUGUUGGCCAUUUGGCUACGGCCUCUACCUUGGCGGGUUCUGGCUUUUGCUGGCCGCUUCCUACCCGGUGCCCUAAAUAUUGAACUUCAGCCAUCCCUAUAUGGCACUUACUGGGUUUAAGGGUUAACCCUGCCUCCCUAAUGCGGUCUAGUACGGCUCCUAUAUGGGUCAGGUGUUCGGUCCAGGAAUCGCUGAAGAUUGCUAUGUCGUCUAAAUAGGCGCAAGCGUACUCCUGGAACCCAUCCAAUAGCCGAUCCACCAUCCUCUGAAAGGUAGCCGGAGCGUUUCUCAUCCCGAAUGGCAUGACCUUAAACUGGUACAGGCCGAACGGGGUUACAAACGCCGACUUAGGGAUGGCGUCCUCGGCUAAAGGAAUUUGCCAAUAGCCCUUACAAAGGUCUAUCGUGGUGAGGUACUGGCCCCUGGCCAUUUUGUCUAGGAGCUCGUCUAUCCGGGGCAUAGGGUAGGCAUCAGAUACUGUCUUAUCAUUGAGCCUUCGAUAGUCUACGCAGAAGCGGGUAGUUCCAUCCCGCUUCGGCACCAGAACUACUGGGGAGGCCCAUGGGCUAUCAGAAGGUUCUAUAACCCCCAAUUGUAAAAUUUCCUUGAGCUCCUUACGCAUAUUCUCUUUUACAGACUCGGGGAUGCGGUAAGGAGGUUGGCGGAGGGGUGUCUGCCCUGGGGUUUCUACACGGUGGGUGGCUAACGGGGUAUACCCAGGGAGGUUAGAAAAGGUGGCCCCUUUUUCCCUAAUUAAGCUUUGGGCCUGGGCCCGCUCCUGGGGACUCAAGCGCUCCCCUAGCUGUACUGCUUCCAGAUCCUCAUUUUUGUCUUCUUUCUCUAGGAGGUCUGGGAGGGGCAAAUUAUCAAAAUCCUCUGCAGCGGAAGCACAAAUCGCGGUCACCUCCUCUGUGCGCUCGUGGUAAGGCUUCAGCAUGUUCACAUGGAGCAUGCGUCUGCCCCCUGCUCCAGCGCAUGGGCCAAUUACAUAGGUGGUAUCACAGAUUUGCUCUACCACCUUGAAUGGGCCCUGCCAGGAGGCCUGCAGCUUGUCAUUAGGGACGGGUCGUAGGAUUAGCACCUUCUGCCCGACCUGAAAGCUGCGGUCCCUGGCCCCCCUAUCAUACCAUCUGCGCUGUCGUUGCUGGGCCGCUUGGAGGUUGGUACGUACGGUCUGGGUCAAAGCCUCCAAGCGUUCCCGGAACUCGAGCACAUAGGGUACAAUAGGGGUACCAUUAGUGGUCACUCCCCCCUCCCAGUGCUCUCUGAUUAAAUCUAGGGGGCCCCUCACCCUCCUUCCGAACAAUAAUUCAAAGGGAGAGAACCCAGUGGAUUCUUGGGGAACUUCCCUAUAGGCGAACAGCAAGUGGGGUAAAAACCUCUCCCAGUCCUUCUGCGUGUCUAUGAACAUCCGGAUCAUCUGCUUAAGUGUUCCGUUAAACCGUUCACAGAGACCGUUGGAUUGAGGGUGGUAGGGUGAGUUAAGGAUAGACUUUACCCCACAGACCUUCCAGAGCUGGUGGGUGACCUCUGCAGUGAAUUGGGUACCCCUAUCCGAAAUAAUCUCCCGUGGGAAUCCCAUGCGGGAGAAAAUUCGCAUAAGGGCAUCUGCUACGGUCUCUGCAUGUACAUUCGUUAGAGCCACCGCCUCGGGGUAUCUAGUGGCGUAGUCCACUACGGUCAAGAUGUACUUCUUGCCAGAGGGACUGGGUUUUUUCAGGGGUCCGAUUAUGUCCACUGCUACUCUACUAAAGGGCUCUUCUAUUAUGGGCAGGGAAUGGAGUUUGGCUUUGCAGCGGUCUCCCCUCUUCCCUACCCUCUGGCAGGUAUCACAGGUGUUACAGUAUUGCCUAAUAUCCUUGGAGAUACCUGGCCAGAAGAAGUUCUGCGUCAGCCGAUGUUUAGUUCGGCUGAUCCCUAAAUGACCGGAUAAGGGUAUGUCAUGCGCUAUGCGCAGUAACUCCUGUCUAUACUUUCGAGGCACAAUUAACUGCUUUAUGGGUAUGGGAAUAGACCCGGCUACUACCUUCUCUGCAUACCGGUAUAAUAACCCUUGAUCCCAAGCAUAUCUCUCUCCUUCUAAGCCUGCCUGGUUCUUGUCAAUUCGGUCUUUGUAAACCUGCAGGGACGGGUCUAGAGCGACCUCGCUACCAAAUUCUAGGGGGGCAUCCCAGGAGAGGGCAGUGUGGUUAUGGGGUUCAUUGCUUACCUGAGCCUCAGAGUCACUGGAUGGGACCGUGGUGCGGGCCUGCAGCCUGGUGAUGACUGGGUAAGCUUCCUGUACGGUGGUUCGCGGAACAAAAGCGGAAGUGAGCUCCCCCAAGUCAUUUCCCAAAAUAACAUCUGCGGGCAAGUCUUGCAUUAUCAUCCCCACCUCCACGUUCCCUGACCCCGCUCCCCAAUUCAAAUGUAUCUUGGCAGUGGGAACCUUGUAGAUCGCUCCCCCUGCCACCCGUACUGCUACACAAUCCCCCGUAAGCUGGUUCUUUGGGACAAGGUGGUUUCGGACCAAGGUGAUGGUGGCCCCGGAAUCUCUCAGUCCCUCCAUAGGCUUCCCUUCUAUGUGGACGACUUGGCGAUGGCUUUGGCGGUUAUCGGACGCCGCUUGGACGGGGUUAACUUCAUGGAGAGUGCCUAGAGGUUCCUCUACCUGGGUGGCUGUGGAGGGCUGGAUGAAUGAUUCAUUCUGAUAGCAGUGUACCGCAGCCCGAGUGCCUGGAGGUUGGCCUUGGUUGGGCCAUGAUGGUCGUGCCCUGUUUCGGGGGCAUUCUCGUUGUACAUGCCCCAGUUGGUUGCAGGUGUGGCAUCUGAUGUGUGCCCGGUUGGGGUACCUAGGUUGGUAUUGGUUGUUAGCUCCCCCAGAUCGUGGGUGAGCUGUUUCGGCCCAGGCAGGCCUGUGGUGUGUUGACUGGGGGAAUACCCUGGUUGGUGGGCGCUGCUCUCGUCUGGUGUCUUGAUGUUCGUCCGCUAAUUUGGCCGCAUCUUGUAAGGUGCGUGGUUUACGAUCUCUUACCCAGUUCUGCAUAUCAGUAGUUAGUCUCCGGUAGAACUGUUCCAACAAAAGUAAUUGAAUGAGAUCUUCCCGGGUAGUUGCUUGCGCCGCAUCAAUCCACCCCGUGGCUGCUCGGUGUAAGCGGUGCGCAAACUCUGCGUGGGAGUCCUUUUCUUGUUUUUGCAGGUCCCGGAAUUGGAGUCGGUAUGCCUCGGGGGUAAUGGCAUACCGGACUAGGAUGGCCUGCUUUACCUUCUGGUAGUCUCUGCUAUCCUCAUCAGGCACUGCCCGGUAGGCUUCUGCUGCGCGGCCAGAUAAUCUACCGGCCAGCAGUGGUACCUGGUCUUGGGGCCCAAUAUCAUGCAGCUGGCACAGUCUUUCAAAGUCCUGCAAAUAUCCAUCAAUAUCGCCCUCUGUGUCCGUAAAGUUUUUAAAGGCUUGGUAGGGAAUUUUGGGUUUUCCCUGUACAAUGCUGGGUGGAGCCGGUGACCCCUCUCUGGAUUGCUGGUUUGGUUGGAAUCGUUUGGCCAUGAUGUAUUCUUGCACAUCUGCCAUGAUCCUAUCGAAAGUCUCUUGGGGUGGUGUGGUUGGGUACAGUGCCAUCCUGCUCCUGAACUCUUUCUGAAAUUCUGUUUGCUCUUCCUCCAUUGGAGGUGCUGCAGCAGCCGCUGCUCUGUCUCCUUCCAUGAGCUCAGCAAUAAGGGUAGCCUUUGUCUUGUUGCUGGCUAUUGUUCCCCUUGCCUCUAGUAAUUCCUUCAGUGUACUCCGUUUCAAAAGUGCAUAAUUCAUUUCCAUUCACCUGCUGUUCGUGUGAUUCCACUUAUUCCCGAACUCCGGUUUCAUCCGAAUGGUUGUUUCACGAAUUGCUGUUUCUUUUCCUCUGCUCACAUCAAUCCCUGCCGAACGCUGCUUUGCUGUGUGGUUUGAAUCCCGUCGCUUGCCACCAAUUGUAGCGGAGUAGUGGUAUUAUCCACGGUAUCUCCGCUGGUAGGCAGGAUGAAGCAGGUAAAAUGCAGGUAGCGUAGUUACAAUCCUUUUCUCCUAAGAACUAGACGACACAUAGCUUGGAGGUUAAAACACUGGCAUCUCACCAGGCUGAGUCGAAACUCUUUAAUGAUUACAUCUUCCUUUUAGCACAGACCUCCGCAGGGGGGUCUGCAUUCCACACAAUACACUCUUAAAUAUAAGGGCUAGAUAUAUCAAUUAAACACACUGCCACACAAACACUAAAUAAGGAAAAUUAAGGUGAAUAACAUAAAAUCAAAUUGUGUAAAUUGUAAUGUCCAGAGAUCGUCCUAUAACAGGAUUUAACAAUAAUAUAUGCAGUUUAAUACUGACAGGUAAAACUGGAAUACAAUUAUUAUAGAGGUUCUUCAAUGUAACCUAAGUGGACAAAAGUAAGCCAAUGAGAACAGGGCUGUAAUUUGAUAGUUAGCGUGGUUAACCAUAUAUCUAAAUGUUUUGUGUGUAAAACAUGUUGUUCCAAGCAAGAAAAUAUGGAAUGUUAGGUUUCGGCAGGAUAACCUAAAUCACUAACUGUUUAGUGUCCCCAUAGACUGCCAGAUAAUUGAUAACAUUGUCAGCCAUGGAAUUUAAGUUCUGGUGUCCGAUAUUAUUCCCUUAGAGCAAUCUGUCACAGCUAUCUCUAAGAGUAACUGUGUAGCAGAUACAGCUGAAAUUCAAGAUAAUAGUAUCAAGGUAAUUGUAACAAAAUCCACUUAUCCAUACAACAGCGGCAAGCUGCCGAGAAUGUACGGAUCAGACAGCCCAUUUAUGCAUACAGUAUGCUAAUGUGCAACCUCAGGUUUAAAGGACCACUAUAGUGCCAGGAAAACAUACUAGUUUUCCUGGCACUAUAGUGCCCUGAGGGUGCCCCCACCCUCAGGGACCCCCUCCCGCCCAGCUCUGGAAGGGGGAAAGGAGUUUAAACGUACCUUUUUCCAGCGCUGGGCGGGGAGCUCUCCUCCUCCGAUCCUCCUCUUCUCCUCCCAUGCGGCUGAAUGCGCACGCGCAGCAAGAGCUGCGCGCGCAUUCAGCCAGUCACAUAGGAAAGCAUUCAUAAUGCUUUCCUAUGGACGCUGGCGUGCUCUCACUGUGAAAAUCACAGUGAGAAGCACGCAAGCGCCUCUAGUGGCUGUCAAUGAGACAGCCACUAGAGGAAAUAGGGGAAGGUUUAACCCAUUCAUAAACAUAGCAGUUUCUCUGAAACUGCUAUGUUUAUGAAAAAAUGGGUUAACCCUAGCUGGACCAGGCACCCAGACCACUUCAUUAAGCUGAAGUGGUCUGGGUGCCUAGAGUGGUCCUUUAAGUGUGGAUAGUGGCAGGCUGUAAAGCUUUAAGAGGAAGAAAAAAUAUAUAUACUGCAGAUCUCCCAAAGAGGAGAGAGGAUCUGCAACUGAUUGCUACAGAAGUGAGUGUAAGGUAGCCCGUUUCAAUUUACUUAAUGCUGGUGAGAGACCUUUAGGGUGCUCUAACUAGAUCAUAAAUGGCCCCAUAACGAUUGCCCAGUUGCAAUAUGCAGUAUCCUGGUUUAUAGCCUUAGAGUGCUUAACAUAAAUUAGCACCUCAUUUUAUACUGAAAAACAUAACAGGUUACACAGACAGGGUAUAAGGAGGGAGAAAAAUAAGUAGUUGUAAUAUGUCUCCCUACUGUGCCUUUGAGGGCACCCCUUACACAAACACUUUCCCUGACUGAUAGGUUACCAAAAAUGAUGAGCUUAUGAGCGAAACACGCAUCCGGGGGAUCAGGGCUUUAUCACCCUGACGGGCUUUGUUCCAUACAUUUCUUUAUCCACCAUACCAGUGAUUCCCUGGUUUUCAACAAUUUAGUACUAUUACCUCCAAUUUUCUUUUUCUUUAUUGUAAUUCUUUCAUUACACCUGCUUGGACAUUGCCAGCUCCAGCGCCCCAGUCUAGAUGCACAUGUGCGGUAGGAAUCCGAUACACUGCCCCCCUGCCACUCUCACAGCAAUAGAUUUUCCCGGUCUUUCAGAGUUAUCAAUAAGAUGCCGUUGAACUAGGGUGAUAGUAGCGCCACUGUCCCUUAGGCCCGGGCUGUCUUCCCGUUGACCAUUACCAACUGACAAUGGUGUUUUUGAUUGUCAAUUAUGGUAGAUUGGACUAGGAGAGCUUCAUAUAGGGUGCCCAGGGAUUCCUCACGACUCAGCUCCUUGGCGUCCCAGGCAGAGGGUACCGGAUAAUCCACACAAUGGGCUGCUGCCUGGGGUUGAUGGCAUCCAGGGCGAGUCCAAUUGGACCUGGGUGCUUCCAGUGGGCAGUCGUUAUGUAAAUGUCCCACUUGGUUACAUCGGAAGCAGCAGAGCUCGUUGCCAGCCUGACGUGGGUAGCGAGGGUUGGAGGCUACCUGUCGGCUAGAGCAGUGUUUCCCAACCCAGUCCUCAAGGCACACCUACCAGUCCAGGAUUUAGGGAUUACCCAGUUGUGUCUAAGGUGUUUUUUUUUUUUUUCUUCUUUGUAAAAACACCUUAGACACAACUGGGUAAUCCCUAAAUCCUGGACUGGUAGGUGUGCCUUGAGGACUGGGUUGGGAAACACUGCGCUAGAGGGUUGGUACCUGGUUACUGUUGGGGUUGAUGGUACUCCAGGUCGAAGGGGUUGGACCCGUGGGGUGACCCGUGUUGUCUUACGAGUAUCCGCAUACUCAUCCGCGAGAUAGGCAGCCUCCGGUCUCUUACCCAGUCUUUUGACAUCUGUCUGGAUGUGGUCGUAGAACUGCUCCAGGAGUAUUAACUGUAAGAUGUCAUCCGCGGUGGUGGCCUGGCUACUGUUGACCAAUUGGAUGCGGACAGUUGUAACUGGCAGGCCCAUUCUGCCUAGGAAUCCUUGUCCGUUUUGCGUGAGUCUCUGAACUUUUGGCGGUAUGUCUCCGGGGUCACCGCGUACCGAGCCAGGAGUGCUUCUUUAACCCUUGCGUAGCUGUGAAUCUCCUGCUCUGGUACUGCCCAGAAAGCAUCGGCGGCUUUGCCUGACAACUGCCUACCAAUAUUGAAACCCACUCGUCUGCAGCUACUCUGUGCAGGUUACACUGUCGCUUGAAAUCCGCUAGAUAGCUAUCAAUCUCCCAGUCCUUCUCAUUAAAAGCUUUAAAAGGCACUGAAAGGAAUCUUCCUUGUAUCUACUGUGCUGUUCUCUCCGCUCGGGGAACUUGCUGCUGCACGCUGGGUUUCAGCCAGCUUCAUCUGCAGCUCUAUUUCUCUCUUUUGUUUCGCCUCUUCUGCUACAAUGUUCAUUACCUGCAGAACAAUGUCAGCCGUUGGGUUCGGACCGAACCAUGCCAAUCUUACCAGAAUCUCCCUGUUUGGUGAUUCAUUUUCGCAAAUCACCGGUGUCUCCAUCUCCCGAACGGUCGGUGUUGCCGCAACCAAGUUCUCCCGGUCUAGCUCCAUUAACUCAGCAACGAUGACCCGCUUGGUUUUGUUGCUGGCAAUCCUUCCACGAACCUCCAACAGUUCCUUUAACGUGUUUCGUUUAAGCAAUGUGUACCAGCCUUCCUGCCAGCCGUCCCCAGUGUCUGCUUGGAUUCUUGGUGCAGGAAAAAAGGAAGAUCCCGCUGCUGCCAACCAGUUGUGACGGUAGUAAGCUGUACAGGUGAGGCUGUUUGAUUGCCCUGCCGAAAAUGGUUCCAGGCAAUCCACGAGUAAGUCCCGCUGACUGGUUUUGGGAGAUCUAAGAUGGCCGCCAUCCUUUGUGUGGCGAAACCGACCUCGCCACUGGGCAUUGGAGAAGACUGAUUGCCAGCCUCCUGCCAUGUGACUAUGGCCCCUGGGAUGUAUUGCCCUUUAAAGACAUGAUUUGGGCAUAAUGGAUUUGUGUUUGGCUGCUGCUGGCCCUUUAAGAACCAUCUGGGGACAUACUGUGGAGUUACUGGGUGGCCACCAUUUCAUGUAUCAGAGGCACAUGGUGAGAACAAUGGAUGGCGGCCAUUUUAACUCACAGACACUGUUUGGACUUUUCUACACGGUGCCAUCUCGCCGGUAUUUGGUGCACAAAGACAUUGUGCAGUAGUUUUAAACUAUACAACAGGGGACACAUUAUACAGUAAUUAUUUUUCAUAUAGACUGUAUAUGUUCUGCGGAAUCUGCAUUUAACUGUAUCUUCCAAACUACUGAACAGAUCUGGGUGAAUUUUGGAUAUGUGCUUCACCCAGAUCCCCUGGUUUCAAGGCUUAUUGCAUGUUUUGGGGUCCCUGUGAUAUGUUUUAUAAUACUGUAUUUCUCUGCCUGUGAUAAUUCAAUUAACCAUUGUGUUCAGUAAUCAUAUCACAGGCAGAGGGGAGGAUUUUGUGUGGGAGUAUCUGUGUAUAUUGUACGGAUUGAUUGGAUGUAUUUCAAAACCCUGUGGGCAGUACUGUGUUUGUGGAUUGUGAAUAAAAGCGGCUGUAUGUGCCAGUCCAGGCAGUUCUACUUCACCCUCAAUUUGGAGUGCCGUCUCUUAUUGGGGGAAUCUGCUACAAGGGAUUGCUAUGCUUGUCAUACUCCUUUGCUAAAUCACUACUAAGCUCUUGUAAGAGCUUGUUCCUGUCGUGCUCUCUGAAUGAGUCCACGGUGGUUCUGGUGUCAGCUGGAGUGCUUGGAGCUCUAAGGAAGCGCUAGGAGCAUCCUUCAACGGAGGUACCCAGUCGUGGUGCCAGGUGAUCCGUUACACUUUGUUCUCGCCACGUGUUCGUAUGCCGAAUGGCGGCCACCUAGAAGCACUCAAUUACCUUGCGGUUUUCGUGGUUACUUGGUGUUCUAAGUUCUGAUUGCUACCCAGGGUGGUCUCCGUUCGGUAGAACGAAUAAAUGUCCCGAACACAGAAAAAACAACGAAUACUUUACAGUCCCUUAACUAGCAGGAAGAGGAAACAACCGAAUGGGUACAGGUAAACACAAGGAAAUCCUUUACACACACAUAUUCUAAACUCCCUACUAGGAUUGUCUCUAAAACAAGUCGUUGAGGAGUCAACUCGUACAGAACCCAUACUAGAUUUAGUGUUAAAUGGAGAUUCGGUAUUGGUAUUCGAUAUUACUGUAGGUGAAAGUUUAGGAUCCAGUGAUCAUCAGUCAGUGUGGUUUAAUAUAAGAACAGUGACUGAGUCACAUCACACAAAAACAAACGUUUUAGACUUUAGAAAAACAGACUUUUCUAAAAUUAGAAUGUGUAAAUUAGUCAUUAUCAGACUUGAGCAAUUUAAAUGGAGUCCAAGAGAAAUGGGAUUAUUUAAAAGUUGCACUGCUGAAGGCAACAGAAAAUUGCAUUAGGCUUGUCAGUAAAAGCAAAAAAUUCAAGGAACCACUGUGGUACUUUGCAGAUGUGGCCAAAAUAGUAAAAAACAAAAAGUUAGCAUUUAGUAAUUAUAAAAAAAAAAAAACCCAGAGUGAGAAAGACAGAAUGAUAUAUAAGAUUAGGCAGAAAGAGGCUAAGCAACUUAUAAGAGCUUCCAAAUCACAAGCAGAAGAAAAAAUAGCACAGUCCGUAAAAAAAGGGGGACAAAACCUUUUUUAAAUACAUAAAUGAGAAAAGGAAAGGAAAACAAGGAUUAGUUAGAUUAAAAACAAAAGAAGGAAGGUAUGUAGAAGAGGAUAAAGGUCUAGCUGACUGCCUUAAUGAAUAAUUUUUGUUCAGUAUUGACAGAUGAAAAUGAAGGAAAGGGGCCUCAGUUAGGAAAAAGGACACGUGAGUCAUUUGUUACAAAAGUAAAGACAAAUAAAUCAAUAGGACCUGAUGGAAUGCACCCAAAGCUAUUAAAAGAGCUUAGUGGUGUACUAGCAAAACCAUUAACAGAUUUAUUUAACCAAUCAUUGUUAACAGGAGUAUGCCCAGAAGAUUGGAAGUUAGCGAAUGUUGUGCCCAUUCACAAGAAAGGUAGUAGGGAGGACUCUGGCAACUGUAGGCCAGUAAGCCCUACUUUAGUAGUGGGGAAAGUAAUGGAAACUAUGUUGAAAGAUAGGAUUGUUGAACAACUAAAAUCACAUGGAUUUCAAGAUCAGAGACAACAUGGGUUUACUUCAGGGUGAUCAUACCAAACUAAUCUUAUGGAUUUUUUUUAAUUUGGGUAACUAAAAUAAUAGAUCAGGGUGGUGCAGUAGACACUGCUUACCUAGAUUUUAGUAAACCUUUUGACACUGUUGCACAUAGAAGACUUAUCAAUAAACUGCAAUCUUUAAGUUUGGAUUCCAAUAUUGUUGAAUGGGUAAGGCAGUGGCUAAGUGACAGGCAACAGAGGGUUGUAAUCAAUGGAGUAUAUUCGAAGCAUGGUCUUGUCUCCAUUAUAGUACCUCAGGGAUCUGUACUUGGACCCAUUCUCUUUAAUAUUUUAAUUAGUGAUAUUGCAGAAGGUCUUUAUGGUAAGGUAUGUCUUUUUGCUGAUACUAAAUAUGUAACAGGGUUGAUGUUCCAGGAGGGAUAAGUCAAAUGGCACAUGAUUUAAGUAAACGAGAAAAAUGGCAACUGACAUUUAAUGUGGAUAAGUGCAAGAUAAUGCAUCUUGGACAUAAAAACCCAAGGGCAGAGUACAGAAUAUUUCAUGGUUCAUGCAUUACAGGAUAAAACUUACAAGGAAAGGUUAAAGGAUCUUAACGUGUAUAGCUUGGAGGAAAGACGAAACAGGAGGAUCAACACCGUAAAGGGAAUCAACACCGUAAAGGAGGAGACUAUAUUUAAAAGAAGAAAAACUACCAAGAGUACAUAGUCCUAAAUUAGAGGCGCAAAGGUUUAAAAAUAUCAGGAAUCGAAUGAUUCUUAUCUGCCAUCACUUUCUAUGUAACUCAUCAGAGGGGAGACUCUUAGUAUAUACCCAGGGGCUGUAUAUUUACCCCUCAUACACUAUGUACACAGUAUAUAGAAAAUAUGGUAGUGUGAACAGCACUAAUGACAAAAAGAUUAUACGUGGGGAAAAGCAUUGGAUUGGUUAAAAUCAGCAAGGGUGCUGGGCCAAACAGCGUUUUGGCCAAUCAGCACCUCCUUAUAGAGAUGCAUUGAAUCAUUGCAUUUCUAUGAGGAAAAUUCAGCUUUCCUAUGCAGAAUGUGGGGUCACUGAAUGGCAGGGCAGCUUACUUUGCAGCCCUGAACCAGAAAGCCCCUCCAGUGGCCACUUGGAGGUGUCCCUAGGGGCAAUGUCCUUUCUCUGAAAAGACAGUGUUUGCAUAAAAAUGCCUGAAGGGAGCUAUUCUACUCACCAGUACAACUACAUUAAACUGUAGUUGUUCUGUCGUUGUUUAAAUACGAUUACUCACAUAAACAAGUGAGGACAUACAACACCAAGAAAUACCACAACAAUGGGAGAUAUACCCACACAAAAAAUUACACCCACCAUACAAAGGUAAUCCUCAUAGACAAAGACUUAAGUCUUAUCACGAAUCCAUGUACAAUAAACAAUAAUACCAAUCAAGGAAAUACUCCCCCACACGUUUAAACACAAGAUCACCUAAACCCCCAAACAUAUAUGCCAACAGAAGACGGAAUACACUAAAUAAAGAAAAAGAUCUAUUUCAAGAAAGGAGAACACUUCCAAAAACACUAGCCAACAAGACAGAAGUUCCACAUUACAGAUCAAAACCAAGAGGAAAAAACACCACUAAUAGUAAGACCAAAAACACACAGAUACACACAACGACAGGUAUCUCCAAGAAGAAAAACCUAAAACAACAAAUACAGAUGGGGAAAAAGCAAACACCAAGACCUAUAAGAAAUUUGAUAAAACUUGUUCCAGGUCAUCAACUAACCUGUUGAGAAAUAACCGAUAUCAUACCCUAUCCUUGUCUGAACACCUUGAUGUGACCUCUUUUUUAGAAAUUCCCAUGAACCAAGAGACAUACAAACCAUCUUUCAUUUACCCAUAUAGUAGGACAGAAAAGAUCCCUAGAGGAAGAAGGGCAGGAAGAAGACAUCACCACAAUAAAAAAAAAAAAAGUAAGAUCAGACUGAUUCUAAAAAAACGAAAGAGAUAAAAACAACAAUGGUGUUUUUAAUCUAUCCAACAAAGUACUUACAAAGUAACCUCUUAAACAAAGGACUAAAAUUUGCACCAACAAAAACUUUUAACAACUUCCAGGCUUUUCUAGAUGUCAAGAAAUUUAUUAAAAAUGCAGAUGUAAAUAAUUGUACCAAAAAAGAUUAGAUUAAUAAUGGUUUUAAAAAUGGCCUUUUAAGAAACAAAUCUACGUUUUACCUAUCUUACUAUAAUUCUGGGGCAUUAGACAUUUUCGAAAGUAAAUAGGAAUUUUAAAAAACUGAAAACAAAUUACAAAUAUGAUAAAUUUAAUCUUAACAAAAAAGAAAGAGAGGCCAUUAAAGACCUCCAGAGAGACGAUUCAAUAGUAAUGAAACCAGCGGACAAGGGAAGAGGCCUGGUCAUUCAAUCUAAAGAGAUGUAUGAAACAGAAGCAUACAAUCAACUCAAUAACACACAAACAUAUGCCAAAUUAAGACCCCACAAAAGACAUUAAAAUAUUACUAACCAAACGUCUAAAUAAAGGUAAGAAAAAUGGAGUCCUUAACCCACAAGAAUUUAGCUAUAUCAUAUCCAAAAAAUUCCAGUGAUUUUAUUUCCUCCCAAAAAUUCACAAAGAUCCCAUUAACCCACAUGGAAGACCCAUUGUCUCCAGUAUAGUUUCAAUCCUGGCUAAUCUUUCAGAGCAUAUAGAUAUUAUGCUCCAACCAUACGUAAAACUGAUCAGAUCAUACUUCAAAGACACUAUAGACCUUCUCAACAAACUAAACAACAUCACAUGGAAAGACAGUUAUGUUCUUAUUACGUGUGACGUAAAAUCCCUAUUUACGAUAAUCCCACACAACAAAGGUAUUUUGGCUUUUAGAAAAAAUAUAGACACAUGAACCCCACCCAGAAUUCAUAAUAGAAGGAAUAGAUCUUAUUUUACAUCAUAACUAUUUCUGGUUUGCAGAUGCUUUUUAUCUUCAAACGGUACAGCCAUGGGGACCAGGUUUGCCCCCAGCUAUGCCAACUUCUUUAUGGCAGAAUGGAAGAGCGACCAGUAUGGGAGGGGCAUAGUUGGACUGCAAACCUGGUCUCCAUGACGACCUCCUGUUUAUAUGGGAGGUUUCUAUAUCUACAGCUAAACAAUCUGUUGACUAUCUAAACCAAAACACUGAAGGAAUUCUUUUAACCGCCAAUUUUAGCCAACAAGAAAUCACUUUUCUAGACCAUGAUAUUUAUAUUAAAGAUUACACCCUUUUUACAAAAACUCAUUUUAAAGAGGUCCAUGCUAAUACUUUUAUCAGUCAGACAAUUGCCACAAUCCAGCAUGACUUAAUGGAGUACCCAAAAGCCAAAUAUUAAGGCUCAGGAGAAAUUGUUCAGAAGCAUCUGUUUUCCACGCACAGGCUUGAGAUAUGAAGCAGAAAUUUAUACGAAAGGGUUACAAUUCUGAAAACAUGGAUAGCAUAAUAGAACAAAUAAGCACGACAGAAAGGAAAUCACUAUUGACUAAGAAAAUUCUCCAGAGUCAUCAAGAUAAUAAGUUUACCCUCCCAUUUAUAUUUGAUUAUAACAACAAAAACAGACAUAUCAAAAAAAUAAAUAAAAUUGGCAUUUACUGAUGGAAGACCCCCUACUAAGUAAAAUUCUACCUCAUAAGCCAACUUUUUAGGGGUGCACCCAAUCUAAAGUCACAACUUACAAAAGAUUUCACUAAAAAUAAGAGUACGCAUAAGGACAGGUUUUUUUAAACACUUAAAGAUUUCUUUAAAUGUAAUGUAUGUAAAGCAUGUAAAAAAAAAAAACAGACAAAUUCACCCAUUGUUUUAAAUGUAAUAAUAAAGAAAGCAAUUUUAAUACAAAUGACAUAAUCACGUGCAAUAGUUAAAAAUGUAGUUUACUUAUUAGAAUGUCCUUGUGGACUACAAGAUGUCAGCAGAACAAUCAGGCCAUUAAAGACUAGAUUAAGCCAACACUGUCACAAUCUUGAAAAAGGGUAUAAAAACCACUCGGUAUCUGCACACUUUUUAGAACAUAAUAAAGAUCCUAGUCUUGUGAAAUUUACAGGCAUCGCUAAAUAUAAACAACAUUGGAGAGGAGGGAACAACAUUAAAAACUUGGGAAAAUUAGAAAUGGAAUGGGUUUAUUGUUUGGAUACUCUUCAGCCCAAUGGGCUUAACAUAGAAUUUGAUUUACAUUUUUUUAUUUAUUUAUUUCGCGUGUAUGUAUGUGUGUGUGUGUGUGUGUGUGUAUAUGUAUAUAUAUGUGUAUGUGUGUGUGUGUGUGUAUAUAUGUAUAUAUAUAUAUAUAUAUAUAUAUAUAUAUAUAUAUGUAUGUAUAUAUAUAUAUAUAAUAAAAAGAAUCUUGCCGCGGGCUACCCGACGUGCGUCUGCAGCCACGCGGCAUCACACUCAAUGACGCGGCCAGUCGUCAUCCCCAUGGAUACCUGUAUACAGAAAUCAAACCAAAAAAUGUAAAUAACACCCAACGUGUAAAAUAAAAGCACUAUUUACAAACUGCAUCAUGGCAGGUGGAUAUCACAUGUAAGCUUGAUUGCUUCAAAACAUGUGAGCAGAAAGAUUUCUGUAUACAGGUAUCCAUUGAGUGUGAUGCUGCGUGGCUGCAGACGCACGUCGGGUAGCCCGCAGCAGUCCCAGUCCGGGCGUCCAUGGAGUCAGAUGUAUCACAGGUGGGGGUGAGUAAACAUUAUUUUUAUGCUAUAUAUGUGGGUUUGUUUGUAUGCACAGUGUGUCCUGAUGAAAGCUUGAGGGGAUCCUGUGAUUAUUUUUUUUUUUUUUUUAUUUGAGGUAAAUAAAAGUAAAAUUUUAGAUUAGUCCUUGGAGUGCUAUCAUUUGCAAUUUAUAUAUAUAUAUAUAUAUUUGUGUUCGGGGAAAAUAGCCGUAUAUGGAGUAAGGUUCCAGCAUAAGCUUAGGAUAGUAUAAAGGGAGCAAGUCGGUUGUGGUGUGCCGAGACCGACGAUACGGUAGGCCUGUAAAUAAAGAGGGCCCACCAAGGAGUAAGUAAAGUAAAUGGAAAGAAAAGAGAAAGUGUUGAAAUGAGGAGUGGGUGGGAGGGUCAUUCUGAUGCUGACCUCAAGCGAUAUGAGUCAGGUAAGGGGUGUCCCUUAUAUAGAGGAGUGAAUUAAUUUAAGCCCCUCCCACAAAUACAGGCCAAACGGCCUUAAAACUUGUGUUCGGGGAAAUAGCCGUAUAUGGAGUAAGGUUCCAGCAUAAGCUUAGGAUAGUAUAAAGGGAGCAAGUCGGUUGUGGUGUGCCGAGACCGACGAUACGGUAGGCCUGUAAAUAAAGAGGGCAAAAAGAAUAAUCAAAGAUUUACAGUCAACAAUAUAUACAAGAUUUUUACAGUCAACAAUAUAUACAAAUUGUGACGAGACCAAUCUCGCCACAUUGCAUUGGAGAAGCCUGGUUGCUCGCCUGCUGCCUUUGGACUAUGGCCCCCUGUUAAAAGACAUCUUUUUUACCUGCAGAAAAGCUUCAUUCGUGCUUUUCUGCCUGGGGUUCGGUAGAUUUGUUUGAAUGUGUUAUACCCCAGAUAGGAAUCCCAUGGAGCCCAUUCGUAUGAAACUGACUGUAAAGACUUUGGUUCCAUGGCGAUUAAACUGUAUUCGUGUGGUCUGAGCGCCAUUCACUUAAUAAUGUGCGCUCAGACCUGAGCUAUCUGGGGAUAUGUUAAAUGUAUAGUUUUAAUGUAAGGUGUCUUACCUGAUGUAUUUUAAAGUGUUUUACUGUCUUUGUGUCCCCAUGUGCUCAAUGGAGUCUGCCUCUAUCCCUGGAUAAUUGGAUUACUUUCCCCAUUGUCCAGGAUAGAGGGCUCUGUAAAACCUGUUUGAGCCAGAUAGCCAUGCUGCCAGCCAGGGUACAAAAGAUACUUUUUACUAACUUUUGAACCCCUGGUCUGAUUCAUGCCAUUUUUUAAUAUGUUGUUCCCCUGAAUGGAUUGAUUGUGAAUAUUUAAUUUUAUGUGAAUGUGAUGUAUGGUUUUAGGGUUAUGAAAGUUGGGUAGAAAGUAUGUUUUAACUGUAUGUGUAAUUGAGUUUCCUCUCAGGAUAAGGGGAGGGAAUAUGUGGGAUGUAACUGUGAUGUGAUUGGUUGUUUUAUACCUCCCUGUGGGUGGUCCUGUAUUUGCAAGACUGUAAUAAAAACCAGGCUGGGUGUGCCAGCACCUCAGACCACUGCUUGACCCUCAACACGUUCUUGGGGGGAUUCACUGUAUGCUGUUAGAGACUGAUUGCCAGGAGUGUAAGCUGAUUGUCUGCUUUUCCUGUUCGUCUGCUAGCAGCUAUUUGGGAGGUUCCAGUUUGGGAGUUGGAGUGCUAUUUUGUAUUCAGUUCGGGAGUUUGGUGUUCUGCAGUAGCUGUGCCUGUAUCUCUGGAAAGGGGGCCGAUCGCCUAAACGGUUUUUACCCCUUGUGUGCAAAACGGUCCGUUACACAAAUUAACCAGACAUUUCCUUAAAUACAUUACGGUAUUUAAUUCCUUGAAGGAUUUUGAAGGUAGGAAUCUAGGACCGCAACUGGACACCAUUUGUUGUGGGUAGGAUAGUAUGUUAUCUCUACUGUUGGUGCGUGUUGACUCGUUUCGGAAUGUGGUAGAGCCAAUAGGUAAUGAUAUAUGUGUUUACAUACGUAGGAUCGUUGAAGACAAUGAUCUGUCUGAGUGGUGGUUAUGGUAGUGGAUUCUCUGGCCUGAGAAAGGCAUAAAAGGCAGUGUGCAUGGCUGGUAAUGGCCGACUUGGUAGUAUAAUUGAAUGGUUGUAGCUCUAAUAGGUAUGAUAAGGAUGGAAAAGUUGGAUGGCUAUUGGUAAUCUCUGAGAGGAACGUGGGGGGAUGGAUGCCUGAAAACCUCUGAGUAUAUUCUUGUCUGGUAUGAUAGCAUGAAGUUAUGGUAGUUUUGGCCAUAGGUUAUCCUGUGUUGGUGAAUGCCUGUAAAAUAUAUAAUUAAUGGUGUGUGAGAUGGUUUUAGUUUAAGGUGGCAAAAAUGAAGCAAAACCUAGGAGAAAUGUUAUGACACAGGUUGAGCUAUGUCGUGUUCCAAUGAGAUUCUUUAAAGCCAGGUGAAUAGCUGUGUUAUGCGUUCUACAAGUAUGGGAUGAAAGUGCUAGGUGGGAUAGUGCAUGCUAUGCUGCAUGAGUAUGUCUAAUCCAUGAUUUUGUCUCUGGAACGAAAGAGUGGCAGUGACUGUAUGGGCGGCUGUAGGAAGCAUAUGAUGAACAUGCCUGGAAUAUAAAUUAGACAAUUGUCGGCAGGGAUGUAUACCCCCGCCUGGUACAUGAAAGUAAAAGAAAUGUGGUAAGUGGCCAACCAAGUGAGUUCCCCAGCAAUACCAUGCGUAACAACGGAUUGAUGACCCUGACCAUGAUUUACCCCAUGCCACAGCAGCUGCUUUUAGUGGGGAAAGGAUUGCCCAUUUUAUGCCAUGUAAGUGCCAGUGUGUAGGGUAGAUGGUAGCCGUUUACUGCAUUGAUGAUAUUGGUCUUACUUAACCAAGCUUCAACCCAUGCUUGAGUGAUAGCUGUAAAGGUAGAUCAAUGGUGUUGUAUAGUAAGGAAAAUCCUCGGAUGGUAUGAGGGAGUUGAGACUUGGGGUAGCGGAGGUGUGUGGUGCCAAUAAGUCUAUGGUUAGUCUUUGUUUAAGGGAAGAUUGCCUUGUGACAAUACCAAUGUGUUUGUGUUUGGCACCAUGCUGUAAAUGGUGGAGAUUGGAAAACCCAAGUAAAAACCCCUCUGCAAAUCUUGGCUAUGAGUGUGUUUACAGCCGACGGUUCUGUUGUGCUAAGUGAGGGCAUGCUAUAUUCCUUGAGGGUUUAUUUAUGAUACCUGUAUGGGAGCCCUUUGAAGCUCCAGAUCCUUAGUAAAUCUACUACAAGUCUGGAAGGGUGAUGAGUCAGUAGUGUUGAAAAUACAUUGGUGUGUACAGAUGGUGAGUACGUUAUUUGUAAGCUGUAUUGGGACACAUGGUUUGUCAUGUGUCCUGAAUGAUUUGAACAUAUAUGCAACAGUCUAUAUGCAAUGCAACUACUAAUACCAAUUGUCUCUGGUAGUUCAGAUGUGCUGGUACCUGGAGCCUGAGAGUGCUCGUCCGUUUGUUUGGGAGAAAAUCCCUUCUGAAUGGGUACCUGCACAAAUAAGCAUCUCUACAUAUUCCAAAUGCCAGCACAACCAAGGGAUGGUCAGUUCCCAAUUUACCUAGAAUCCCUGGGUCUGACCAUCAUAGAUACAUCAUCAUACAUAUUUAUGCCUCGUUUCCCCAAUGUGCCGGGAUCAUAUGUGCAGGGUUAACGUCUUGUAAUUGAUUGUACCAGGUAACCGAGUUUCGGUUGGUGCUAGUUGUACAGUAGCGUGAGGCCCAGCCUUGUGAGGGCUGUGACAUACUCGAGAUUGCCAGUCUGUCGUAAAUUUUUUGGCUCAUGAGUUUGAGUGAGGCUAGCAUGGCCUGGGUGUCACCUGAGUUGGUGUUGCUGGGCCUUCCCCUGCCUCCGUGUUGUCCGUUGAUGUAUGGAGGAGUUUGAAUAACUCUGCUUUCCUUGCUGUGGCAGGGUAGGGGAUUUGUCGCCUCCUUAGGUCGGAGCCACAUCUCCUCUGCUUGAAGGUGUAUCACUUCUAGCCGGGGUGCCAGGAAGAGGUGAUUCUUCACCAUCUUUUUGAGAAAUACUUAAAUAACAAUAAAGAUUGCAAUUAUUAUUUGUACCCAGGGGUCUUGUACUGGCUUGCUAGCUAAGCCGUAAGGCGAAACGAUUAGGCUUGGUGUUUUUUGGUGACUGGUGAGGCCCUGCUAGUUGCCAAGUGGCUUGAGAGGCUCUAUCUAUGCUUGGCGCGAGGGGAUUUUUUGUGGCCACCGAACGUUGUGGCAGGAUGUUGGCCUCUCGGUGACAGUAACCAGAAAAUAGGAAGGGGAGUGACAGGUGAGGCCCUCUCUAUGAUACAAUGCGAGGCGGCUAGCUCACAAGUGGCCCGAGGGGUGUAUGCCUCCGAGUGUGAGGCGGGGUGUUGGCCUCGCGGGACCACUAACCGAAGCAUAAUGCAGAGAAAAAAAGGGGGUAAUACCUAUUGGGCCCUAGAACCCUAAUUGCCAGUACACUAUUACUAUUCCAGGGAAGGUAAGAGAUGGAUAACUACGUGAGCAGGUGUAUGUACCUGGUAGUAUGGUAUUGAACCUGACAAUCCGUAUAGGUUUUUUAGUAGUAACUGUAACCUGAAUGGAUAAAAUCGUAUGGCAUAAGGAAAUAUGGCAUAGACCAAUCUUAUCUUAAUACGUACAGUAUAUGUGAAAGUAAAGUGCUGUGAUAUGUAAAUAUUAAACAUCAUAUCCAUACUAGUUAAAUAUGUAUCAAUCUUAACCCAUUAAGUGCUGUAUGUAUGUGAACCAUAUUACCAGUUACGUAUAUACAGAUGCGUGUGCUACUGUGUAAUAAUAUGUGUAUUUAUAACAGAUGUUGAUAUACUGCUUGCAAUGUGAAUUGUUGUAUGCCUUAUUGAAUGGUCAGUGAACAUGGUGUUGCAAAAUGCAAGUGCACUGGAGAUCUGCCGAGUGCCCUAUAGGUGGCAGUGUAGUUGAUACUGAUUGGUAUGUGAAAUGUUGUUUGUCUGUUGACCUAUAGGGGUCAGUGUUUUGGUGUUUGUAAAACCCCAUGAAAAUUGUCAAUGUACUUGACAGACCUGUAGGUGGCAGUGUUGAUAGAACCACUGUUAGUCUUGAUGUGAAAUGUAAAUUAUUGUGAAUUAAACCUGAAGUUGAGCCCGUGUUGGAGUUUAAUUUAUGGUUUAUGGUUAGGUUUAAAACAAUCUUAUGUGUAAUUUAUAUUGGCUGGUAAUUGUAUAUGACAUGUGAAGACAGUUUUGCUGUUGACCAGUAGGGGUCAGAAAUGCUGAUUGUAUGGUAAAAUACCCUUUAACCCCUGAAGGAUACAUGACAUGUGAGACAUAUCAUGAUUCCCCUUUAUUCCAGAGUUUGGUCCUUAAGGGGUUAAUCCAAAUGCAAGGUUAACGUGAGAUCUGAGAGUGACCUGUAGGGGUCAGUGUGGUUUAUGUGAAACAUUGUUCGUGAGCUAUGCCCCAAAACGAAACGAGCAGUGAGAUUCGAAAUGCAUGCACAGAAUUGCCUAGUAUGUUUAGGCCAUUGAAACAGAAUGUGUUCCCGUUCGGGAGUUUGCUAAUGCUAGAAAUGAGCCAGUGACAGAUAUAAACAAGUGAGUUUAAACGAAUGAUAUGCAUGAACAUCCAAUGCUUUUAGGACAGAUUUAGACAAAAUGCAGCCGUAAAGUGAGGACCUGACCCGUGCAUGGUGCCAUGGGACUGAUGCCUGGCGUAACGGGUAGGUCGACUUACGGUUUGUGAGUCACUUUGACGCCAACCACGGCGAUGGAUUGAAGAAAGAAGGUGGUAGGCAGGAAAAGCCUGUGGAAUUAUUAUUAUUUUUUUUUUUUAUUUAUUUACUGGAUAUAUCCAGUUUCCCUUUCCAAUUUCACCACAUCACUGCUUCUAUUUUAUAUUAUUGCCUUUAUAGCAUUCGUCUGUGACAAUUUUUCUCUAAUUUCAAUAGAGAUUUCUAAAUUCAGCCUUUUUAUAGAUAAUAUUAAAAUUUUUCAAAAAUAGAUCUUUCUUUUUACUUUAUUUACGUUUAAAUACACCCUUAUUGAUGUUCCAGAUGUUUGCCAACUUCCAAAAUGGCGGCCGCUGUGUGUGUGUGUGUGUGUGUGUGUGUUGUAAUACACAGACCCCCUUUAUAAGUACUACUACAAUGUGCCACAUAUUUCUACUGCCUUACCCAACUUAAAUAUUUAUUAUCUAUAUCUAUAACUUCACUGCUAUCUAGCUAAUCUUUAUCAUUGUAUGUUUUUUGGGAUUGUUCCCGGAUUGCCCCCUGGACUUUAAAUGGCGUCCAAGGAACUUCCGCCUACGUCUCUAUUAAGUGGGAAUAAAUAUGACCAUACCCGGAACAGGAAACAUCAUUGACGUAAACCAGAAGUGACAUGCUAUCCACACCGAUAUUGAUUUACAUCAUUAGAGACCUUAUAAAACACCAGAGACCCGACCAGCAAGCAUUGACUUUUGAUAAAGCUUUGGCAUAACGCGUCAAGUGAGGAGGAGUAAGGACUACGGCAAGAGACUGUUUGUUUGUUUUUUUUGUUAGGAUUUUUUUAUAUUUUUUCUAUACCACUUGUUUUUAUACUGUUUAAUUGUGAUAAAGUACUUUGUAUAUUCUUAUAUAUAAGAAUGCCCUACUCACCUCAUAUCCAGUUUUUAUGCUGCUGAUUCCGGGUCUAUGAUAUCCCUAGGUGGGGAUUGUUCCACCUGACGUCCUUUUCACUAGAGCAGAUCAUUGCUGUAGUAGAUGUAAGUAGGUUUAUAUCUUUCUUUUUUUAUACACCUACAUACUACACCAUAUGGUUUAUCUCUUUACUUUUGUGCUGCGCUAUUAUUGUGUCUUUUUAUUUUAUUUUAAUCUAUACUUCUGGAAAUCGUUCCAGUUACGUAUCUAAUAUUUUUGUCAUUAGCGCUGUUCACUUUACCAUAGUUUCUAUAUACUGUGUAGUGUAUGAGAGGUAAAUAUACAGCCCCUGGGUAUAUACUAAGAGUCUCCCCUCUGAUGAGUUACAUACAAAGUGACGGCAGAUAAGAAUCAUUCGAUUCCUAAAAUUUUUAAACCUUUGCCACUCUAAUUUAAGACUAUGUACUCUUGGUAGUUUUUCUUCUUUUAAAUAUAGUCUCCUCCUUUACGGUGUUGAUUCCCUUUAUAUAUUUAAAUGUUUCUAUCAUAUCCCACCUGUCUUGUCUUUCCUCUCUAUACAUGUUAAGAUCCUUUAACCUUUCCUGGUAAAUUUUAUCCUGCAAUCCAUGAACCAGUUUAGUAGCCCUUCUCUGAACUCUCUCUAAAGUAUCAAUAUCCUUCUGGAGAUACAGUCUCCAGUACUGCGUACAAUACUCCAAGUGAGGUCUCACCGGUGUUCUAUACAAUGGCAUGAGGACUUCCCUCUUUCUACUGCUAAUACCUCUGUAGCGGACUGUGUUUUGCUACUAUCUACCUUUCAUAUUUUUUGCUGUCCAUACCCUUUAUUGUUGCAUUAUUUUAUAUUAUUUUCCACUGUUCGUUACGUAUAGGAAACAAGUUUACAAGCUGUCUUUUAUAUCAUUCACAAAGUGUCGUUCGGUGAAAAGAGUUAUACGAAUGAGGGUAAUCAUACGAACCAAGACAAAACCCAUUAUGUUGGACAUUUUCGUGCUUUUUAACCUACGAAUGGAGACCGACCGCAAGGCCAAAACACAUGGAAUUAUCUUUGGCUUACACCUCGUGUGCGGUCGGUAAAACUAAGACAUCCAUAAAACUUUCGAACCCCUGAAUCGAUGUGAGUGAUUUUUCAGUAUGUUGCUCCCCCAGAUUGGGGCUAUCAGAGGAUAUGUAAAUUAUGGGUGUAUGUUAUUGUUUUGGGGUACAUCCAAGAAUUGGGGAAAAUAGAGAAAAUUUAUGACAAACUUACCGUAAUUUUCUUUUCCUGGCUAUUUCUCAUGGCAGCAUCACUUAUGGGUAGCUCCUCCCUUAGUAGUCACAGGACAGGAAUUAAUUAAUCAGACUGAUAGGUAUAAAGAGUCCCUCCUCCCCUUACACCUCAGUCCAAUUAUAAAGCUGAAAUAGAGAAUGGGCGGAAACCCUAAUGCUGCCAUGAGAAAUAGCCAGGAAAAUAAAAUUACGGUAAGUUUGUCAUAAAUUUUCUCUAUUCCUGGCUAAUCAUGGCAGCAUCACUUAUGGGUAAUACCCAAGCUUCACAAAUCUAGGGUGGGAAAUAAUAACGUAAAAAAUUACACCAAGCCGAACACAUGCAGCAAAGAAAGUUUAAUAUCAACUGGAUAAAGAGACCGUAGAGAGGACACUCUUCCCAAAGGUGGUGGAACGAGACUCCACAUCAAGUUUGUAGUGCUUCAUAAACGUCAUUGGAGAAGACCAAGUGGCUGCUCUGCAAAUAUCAUCGUAUGGAACCUCUGCCCAGAAGUUGAUAAUGCUCUAGUAGAAUGUGUUUUUAUCACCUUUGGAGGUGAUAGACCUUUAGAGACAUACGCCUUCUUAAUUAUCAGAGAAAUCCAACGUUUCAACGUAGACAAAGAGGCCGCCUCACCUCUCCUAGCUCCCAACGGCAAAACGAAGAGUUGGUCCGUCUUACGGAAAGACUCAGAACGUCUAAGAUACGCAGACAAGCAGCUCAUGACAUCCAAACGUUGCCAUCUAACCUCUUCCUGAGAAGAGGGGUUGGGGUAAAAUGAUGGAAGAACCACUUCUUGAGAGAGGUGAAACUGAGAAACCACCUUAGGAAGAAACUCUGGCUUUGGUUUCAGACAUACCCUAUCUUGGUAGAAUUGUAAACAAGAAGAUGAUGUAGAAAACGCCUUAAUCUCUGAAAUCCAUCUUGCGGAAGUAAUCGCCACCAGAAACAAAGUCUUAUACGUCAGGAGAGUAGCAUCCAAACCUUCAAGAGGAACAAACGGAUCCUCCGUGAGAUAAUUUAGCACCAUAGGAAGGUCCCAAGGAGGGGUAGUAGACCUGGAAGGAGACCUCAACCUGAAGGCCGCUUUGAAGAACCUGGAAAUUAAAGGAUCCGAAGCCCAAGAGAUGUUGCACAAAGCUGAGAGUGCCGAAGACUGAACCUUUAAGGUGCUGAGACUAAGGCCCUUGUCCAGGCCCUCUUGCAGAAACUCCAAAACUUCAGUAUUGCUAGGAUGUAGAAAGUCCACAUUAUUGGACGAUGCCCAAGACUGGAACACAUCCCAGACCCUAUGGUAGCAUGAGGAAGUGGAAGCCUUUCUAGAGAGCAGAAGGGUAUUGAUCGCAGCCUCCGAGAGACCUAGUACUUUGAGUCUUUCCUUCUCAAGAUCCAUACCCCCAGUUUGAGGCGUUCUGGAUGAGGAUGGAAUACCCGGCCCUGUGUAAGCAGAUCCUCCAUCACUGGCAGAGGCCAAGGCUGUUCUUGGCUCAUCGUGGUCAAUAGGGGGAACCACGGUCUCCGAGGCCAAAUUGGAAUUACGGCAAUGACUUUCCUGCCUUCCGACCAAACCUUCCUCAGGAACCUGGGUAUCAUAGGUAGGGGAGGGAAAGCAUACCCCAGAUCGAACGACCAAGGGAGAGAGAGAGCAUCUUGGCCCAGAGCCUGACGGUCCGGGUGGAGAGAGAAGUAAUUCUCCACCUGGUGAUUUUGAGAUGAUGCCAUCAGGUCGAUCUGGGGCAUGCCCCACCGAUGAACAAUUUCUGCAAAGAUCGCCGGGUGAAGAUGCCAUUCUCCCGGAAGAAUUUCCCUUCUGCUGAGGAAGUCUGCUGUUACGUUCUCCGAGCCUGGGAGAUAAAAGGCCUUUAGACCUUGAAGAAACGUCAUGGCUAUAACCAUUAAGGGAGCGAGUUCUAACAGCAGCAAUCUGCUCCUUGUGCCACCUUGGUUGUUCACAUACGAGGCCACCGCUCGGUUGUCUGUUUUGAUUAGGACCCAAGAGUUCUUUAGCCUUGGUAGGAACCUCAAAACGGCCUUGUAAACCGCUCUUAGUUCCCUUAAAUUUGAGUGUAGGCGACUCUCUUCUCGGGUCCACUUCCCUUGAGUCCAUACCGAACUGAAGUGGGCACCCCACCCAAAAGAACUGGCAUCUGUCGUAAUAACCUUCCAAGGGGGGUCUUCCAACGGGAAGCCAGUCGUCAAAUUCUUCUCGCUCCUCCACCAGUUUAAGGUGUUUCUUACCGGAAGGGGAAGAGAUCACCUGUUCCCAAUUUGCUUCCACUCUGUUGAACUGGAGAAGGAAGCAGUUCUGAACCGGACGGAACUUCCACUGGGCCCACUUCACCAAGCCUAUUGUAGACAUCAAGGAACCUAGGAGGCUCAUGACUACUCUUGCAGGUGCAGCUUCGAGAUCUUGUAGGCCCCUUACUUUGUCUCUGAUCUUCUCGACCCUUUCUGGUGACAGGAACACGUGUGCAGACACGGUAUUCACUACUGCCCCCAGGAAAAUAAUCGUUUGCGCAGGAACCAGGGAGCUCUUUCCCAAGUUCAGGAGCCAACCAUGGUCUUGAAGGAUGGACAUUGCGACUAAUGUAUGUUGAGCCACGACUCCUUGAGAUGGACCCAGGAUAAGAAUGUCGUCCAAGUAAUGGAAUAUCUCGAUACCUUUUUCCCUUAUAAAGGCUAUUAAGGCAACCAGAACUUUUGAGAACGUUCUUGGGGCUAGACUGAGGCCAAACGGUAGACCCCGGAACUGGAAGUGCCUUCCUAGCGCCCAAAACCUGAGAAACCGUACAUGAUCUUGAUGUAUCGGAAUAUGAUAGUAGGCGUCCCUUAAAUCUAUAGAGGUCAUCCAGUCUCCUUUCUUGACACACUACAAGAUGGUCCUCAAGGAUUCCAUUUUGAAUGUCCUUACGUUGAGCAAGGAGUUUACGCCUUUCAAAUUCAAGAUGAGACGCCAUUUUCCCUGAUGUUUUGGGGCCAAGAAUACCGUGGAAUAAACACCUUGGAACCAUUCUUUUUUGGGAACUUCUUCUACCACUCUUUGUUCCAGGAGCACCGAAAUGCAGGAUCUCAUGGCCCUUCGUUUGAUGCCUACCGGCACCUUUGAUUUUUUGAAGAAUGCACUUUUUGGGUGAGAUGAGAAUUCUAUUCUGUAACCUUCUUUCACUAUAGAAGUGACCCAUAGGUCUGAAAUGUUGCUGGCCCAUCUGGGGUAAAAGAACUUCAGUCUUCCUCCCACCAUCCCCGAACGGGCCUGGAGACCUUCAGAAGUUUUUUCCUGAGAUUCUAGGACCCCUACCUCUGGAAGCCUUAUUGGAAGAAGAGUGCGGAUAGGAUUUCCAUGUGGAAUUCCUGGAAAACUCCCUACCUGGCUUAUAGCUUCUGCUGUCCCGAAAGGACCGAUCCUUGAAGCGCUUGGUCUUCCAGGAGGAGGAAAAAGUCUUCCUGCCAGAUUGAGGUAAGAACGCCUUUUUCCCAUCAGCAGCUUUUUGAAUAGCAUCUUCCAAAAUCUUUCCAAAGAGGAGAUCCCCUUGAAACGGAAAAGCACACAGGGAAGCCUUAGAUGCAUAGUCAGCACUCCAUGAAUGCAGCCACAAAGCCCUUCUAGAAGCCACAGACAGGGCCAUGCUUUUAGCAAUCAUGCGAGUGAUAUCCAGGGAGGCUUCUGAACAGAAUUCCGUGGCUAGAUUAAGGUCCUUGAGGCUUUCCAACAGAUGCUCCCUUCGGAUACCUCGUUCAAUGUCAUCCUUCAGAUUAGCGAGCCACACUUUCAAGGCUCUGGAAAGAGUCGUCAGUGCCACUGCCGGAUGAAGGGCGGACCCAAGGGCCAAGUAGGCUUUAAUUAGGUCUCCAUCCAAACGCUUCUCCAUAGGCUCCCUGAGAUAUGCCAUAGAGUCUAUAGGCAGUGUAGUUUUCUUAGCCAUAUGGAUCACUGCCGCGUCAAUUUUAGGAACAGAGUUCCACAGACCGCAAUCCACCGCAGAGUACGGAUAAACCCUCGCAAACUUACUUUUUAAGGUGGACUUCUUUUCAGGUUUAUUCCAUUCUUGAAGGAUCAUAUCCCUGAUUGACGUAUGUACUGGGAAAGUAGGUCUGUUAGGCUUUAGGUCCUCAAAAAACCUGUCAGCCUCCUUCAAAUCAGAUCUUUCUUCAGUGAGACUAAGCGUGUCUCUAAGAAGGGCAAUAAGUCUAUCCACAGACCUGGAGUCCAGAGACCUGGAGGUAUGAUCAGCUUCCUCCUCACCAUCAUCCGAAACCUCCCAGACAUCAGGGUCCUCAUCAGAGCUGGAAGACUGAGGUUCCGCUCUGCGUCUCUUACUUGGACCACUAGAACCCGUGGUGGUCCUAAAGCCCUCAGCAAUAGCCUGAGAAAUCCAGAGCUUAAGGUCAUCUUGAGGAGAGCUCCUACUAGGGGCAUCAGCGACUUCCAACAAGCAUUCCCUGCAAAGGUUCCUUCCACUCUGAGCGGAUGAAGAACAAUUAAUGCAUUUAUUUGACUUAUCCCGAGAUUUUCUCGCUGGAGAGUCCAAAUGAACGCUGGGGCUGGAAAAAAGCCAUAUAUGACAUAUAUUACAGGCUCAGUAUGGCACUCUUUUAACAACCCCCCCCCCCCUACACCAUAAAUAAAUGGCUCACCUAUGUUUUCUAGAGAGGGAUCUUGCAGAGGCAGAGGGAGAAUCCAUACUACAACAAGAAACAAAACAAACUUCAGGACCAAAUUCCCUAAAGGGAAAGAGGCAGACUGACCAGAAAAACUUCAACAAUAAGCAAGAAUCAGUAAUCCUACCUUAAGAGCAGAGCAACCACUAUGCAGCCAGAAAGCCAACAGGAGCUGAGCCAGACAGGUAUUCCAAGCUGUAGAGAGAAACCCAGAUACUCCAAACUUCAGUGUGAAAAAAGGGCAGCAUGAACAGCACUAAGGGGCUGAAAUAAUCCCCUUAAAUAUGUCCGGGCGGCGAACAGCUGACCGCCCGGUUCGCGCAUGCGCAGAGCGGUGGAACGCACGCUAUGCGUUCCACUUGCUCGCGACCGGCAGAACACUCCCGGUUUCGCCGGAACUGGCUGCAAAACAGCCGGCUGGAACGCAAAUGCGUUCCAGCCCCCAAACCCCAAGCCCCAGAGGGGGCCCCAAGGGGCAGGGAACCCUGAGCACGUCCCCCCAAGCCAGAUAACCGGAAAAAGGGGGCAAGAAGGAGCAACAGAGGAAGGGAGAGACCCUUCCAGCCCCCACUCAUCAUGGAUUCCCCAAAAACUGCCAACAAGGUAUGAGGGGGGGGGUAUAAAACCCCAAUUAGUAGGGGCAGGUAGUAACAGGGGAAUUUUUAAGGCUUAACCAACCCCACCAUAAACCAGAAGCAUUAGUGUUUCCCUCAAACACUUACUUUCCCACGGUGCAGUUCAGUACUUACACUGAACCUGACCCAGUUAGUCCUGCUCAUGCAGGCUGUUUACUGGGUCCUUCAAAUGAAGAGAGGCUGAACUUCAUUUGGAACGAACCCACGACAAACGCAGGAAGGUGAGCCAUAAAACAAAAUUGUAAAAAAAGUCCUGUAGAACCUGCUAAGGACAGGAAAAAAGACUGAGGUGUAAGGGGAGGAGGGACUCUUUAUACCUAUCAGUCUGAUUAAUCUAAUUAAUUCCUGUCCUGUGACUACUAAGGGAGGAGCUACCCAUAAGUGAUGCUGCCAUGAUUAGCCAGGAAAUAUGUUUUAUAACUUCUAUGUAAUUAAGUUAUCUCUCAGGCUGAGGGGAGGGAAUAUGUGUACUGUAUCCAGCUAUUGAUUGGUUCAUGCCUAAUUCUCUGUGGGUGUCUCCCUUGCUUGGGAGAAAUGUAUAAAAACUGAGUGUGUGGAUUAAAAGACCAGUUCUGCUCCUGAUACUGAGUGUCGUCCAGUUAUUGGGAAGGGUGAUGGGAGAUCCGUGGAAUUAUUUACUGCUUAUGCUGAACUUCUUAUAAUAUCCUGCUUGUUCCUGAGUAAUUGUUGGAGUGACCAGCGGAGAAUCAGCCCUGCUACCACUGCUCUCCGCUACAACCUCUCCCUAUACAACCAAGCAUUCUGCUAGCAUUUCUUGCUGCUCUAUUACAUUGUCUGCCUACCUUUAAGUCAUCAGAAAUAAUCACCUCUAAAUCCCUUUCCUCAGAUGUUGAGGUUAGGACUCUAUCAAAUAUUCUGUACUCUGCCCUUGGGUUUUUACCUAAGAUGCAUUAUCUUGCACUUAUCCACAUUAAAGGAACACUAUAGAUACCUAAACAACUUAAGCUUCAUGAAGCAGCUUUAGUGUACAGAAAAUGCCUCUCAGGUUUCACUGCCCAAUUCACUGCCUUUCAGAAGUUAAAGGACCACUAUAGGCACCCAGACCACUUCAGCUCCAUGAAGUGGUCUAGGUGCCAGGUCCAUCUAGUGUUAACCCUGCCUGCUGUAAACAACUGCUAUAUUUACACUUGGGCUAAUCCAGCCUCUAGUGGCUGUCUCAUUGACAGCCGCUAGAGGCGCUUCCGCGCUUCUCACUGUGAUUUUCACAGUGAGAAGACGCUGCCGUCCAUAGGAAAGCAUUGAGAAAUGCUUUCCUUUGGACUGAUAGAAUGUGCGCGCGGCUCUUGCCGCACAUGCGCAUUCGGCAGAUGACGUCGGAAAAGUCCUCGACGCUGGAGAAAUGUAAAAAUUUAACUUCUUCCUCCUAUUAAUACUAUAGUGCCAAGAAAAUUAGUGGUCCUUUAAAUCACUUUGUCACACCUUCCCUGGCUCUGAUUGGCACAGCCUGCAUGAAAAAGAACUGGUUUCAAUUUCAAUCAGAUGUAAUUUCCCUGUAUCUCUUGUAUUCUCUGUAAAUUGAACUUUUUUUUUUUUCUUUAUUUUGUUCGUGCAUAGGUUAAACAAGCAGAUUUGCUCUGCCACAACAGCUGGUGCAAACAGAUUUUUAGACCAUUGAUAACAGUAGUGUGGCAUCAAUAGCAUUGCACUUUUUUUUUACAUUUUUUUUUUUUUUUUUAAUAUGGAAUAAACAGGAUUAGAACGUGAGCCUUCAAGUCAAUAAACGGUAAAUACUUGUGGACUGAAUAUGACACAGUAGCUAGACAAGAAGGGGUUAAUAUAUCGAUGUAGCUGACAUCGCCCCCGUAAGGCUGAGGCAUAUAAGGUAAGUGUGUUAGCGAGAUUAAGUGAAAACAUAUGUACCCGAAUGAUAACGCUAACUUUUAGGUGUGUUAAUAGGCAUGUACAGGCAAGGUGGCUUUAAACAGGCAUUUUGUGUGCCUAGUGAUUUGGGCACUUGUGAGGUAAGCCCGCAGUCAGCCAACUCCCGACAUCGGGAUGCACAGAGGAUGUGUAAGGCAGUUAUGAGGCAUGUUGUACCGGAGUUAAUCUCCAGUGGGUCUCUACCCGCGAUCUGUCUUGCAUUCUAAACAGUAUAAGUGUGAUGCAGGUGUUGAGACAAACAAACGAAAAUAAAAAGGAGACAACAGGUCAACAAAAAUUAAAUAAAAUGAGUGUUCAUGCUAUAAUGCAGGAGCCAUCCCCAAUACUCGGGUGAGGUAUCUUGGCUACAGUCCUCUUAGUAAUCCGAAAUCAGCCGACGCCUGAUCUGCUAAACCUCUGGGGCUGCGCGUGAGCCGCUAGGAUCCAGGCAGUGUCCAGAAUUGCAGGUAUCUUGGAUGCCCCUGGGGUCCCUCCAUGCCACUUCAGCACUGUUUCGGCCCCAUGAUAAGUGGACAUUGAGGAUUGCAGAGAUUUUGGGUAGUCCUUGGCGUGAGAGCGUUUGGUAGUCACUUUAAUCCCGUUUGCAGGAGCUCUCUGUUGGUCGGCAGGUCCUGUUGGUCGGCAGGUCCUUCAGCCUCUGCGUGUCCCGUCGAAUCUGCGCUUUGUUGGGCACCUGCCAGUUUGGGAUUCCUUCUGGGUCAUCAGCAGGUGAGGGGCAUUGUGUGAACAGGGAAAAGCCUCUCAGUCUCAUCUCCAGAUGAAGCCAAAAAGCUGCAAAGAUGGUGUUGAUUCUGAGAGGUGAGACUGCAGGGACUUGAUCUAUACACCAAAACUGCUUCAUUAAGCUAAAGUUGUUUUGGUAACUGUAGUGUCCCUUUUAAAUGUCAGUUGCCACAGCUCUGACCAUUUUUCUAGUUUACAUAAAUCAUUUGCCAUUUGGCUUAUCCCUCCUGGAACAUCAACCCUGUUACAUAUCUUAGUAUCAUCAUCAAAGACAUACCUUACAAUCAAGACCUUGAGAGAAUGGGUCCAAGUACAGAUCCCUGAGGUACUCUACUGGUGACAAGACCAUGCUUCGAACAUACUCCAUUGACUACAACCACUGGCAAAACACGUGUCAGUGACUCUACUGACUUUCUUCCUAGGAUCUUAAAAGGACACUAUAGUCACCAGAACAACUACAGCUUAAUGUAGUUGUUCUAGUGAGUAUAAUCAUUGCCUUCAGGCAUUUUCAUGUAAACACUGCCUUUUCAGAGAAAAGACUGUGUUUACAUUGCCCCGAGGGACACCUCCAAGUGGCCACACCUCAGAUGGCCACUGGAGGUGCUUCCUGGUUCAGUGCUGCACAGUAAGCAGCCCUGCCGUUCAGCGUCCCCACGCUCUGCAUGGAGGUGCUGAAAUUUCCUCAUAGAGAUUCAUUGAUUCAAUGCAUCUCUAUGUGCAGGUCCUGAUUGGCCAAAAUGGUAUUUGGCCCCACCCCGUUCCGAUUUUAGCCAAUCCAAUGCUUUCCCCAUGGGAAAGCAUUGGAUUGGCUCAAAAGCAGCCAUUUCGAUGUCACAAAGGGGGCGGAGCCAGUGCCGGCGGACCCGCCCGGCGCUAGAAAUAAGGUGAGUUUUAAACUUUAUUUAUAAGGGGGGGAGGGCAAGCCACCUAAAUGGUGGGUUUAGCACUAUAUGGUCAGGAAUACAAGUUUGUGUUUCUGACCCUAUAAUGAUCCUUUAAUAUUUUCAGUCACCAUACGAUACGAAUAUACUUGCUGACUUAUCACAGAGCAAAGGAAAGUCACUAGAUCCAUUUCUAUUUUUUAGCUUGUUGCUUUUAGUUCGGCUCUUGUGCCGUUCUCGAUUUUGGUAGUCAUGUUAGCCAGCACUUUUAGAUUCAGUUAGAAUCAUGAGGAUUACUAGGAACAGGCGAUAGUUGGGGGUGGAGGGGAUGGGGCUUUGUGGUAUCUCAGGGUCCCCUCAAAGGCACUUGUGGGCAUCUUAGUCAAUUUUUUUCCUCCUGCCGUAGUUAACCCCUUCUGCCGGUCAAUAUCUAUUUAUCUUUUACUCUCUAUUUAGAGUUGCUGUGCUAAGAGGCCAGGCUGUGAGCUUUAGUCUGAACCUUGGGAGAGUGUGAUUACCACAUUCGUUUUGCUAUACAGGUUAUUUCUAUUUGUAACUAAUAAUUUUUUUGUUAAAGCAGUUGCGAUUCACUGCAUUUACUUUGGAUACAGUGUAUAGUCUCCACAAUCUGGGCAUUAAAUGGGAUAACUCGUAUAGCAUCUCAGUAUAUACUUCAUUCUUAAAUAGAUUUACUGUAUACAUUUUUAUUUAGAAUUACUAAAAGUUUUUUUUUUUAUUAUUAAUUGCUGGUAUAUGGUAUAUCAGUUUCAGUAUAUUCUUGUCUUUUCACUAUGGUAGAUCAACCCCCAAUUGUUGGUGUUGUAUAUAUUUGCUCCAUUCCUCUAUCCGUGUGUGAGUAUUUGAGGUAAAUAUACAGUUCCUCUGUCAUUUUUAGUGAUUUAAUUAAUUUUCAAGCAUUAUGCAUUUUACAUGUGAAGUGUUUGAAAUGUAUUAUAUCUCUAAUUUACAGAGCCAUAGAAUAUUCUAAUUCCUGUCCACAACCCCAGAGCCUGUUCUCAGGCUGCCUGAUUGGCUUAAUGAUGACAAACACAAACAGGAAUCAGAUUGUCAAGAGGAUCCUGGAUCUGACCCUGGAGGUCAACUUACUGCUGACUGGAGAGGUGAGGGAUUCUGGGAAUGUCACAGCAACUACACACUUUUAUCCUAUGUUAUGACAUGGACCUGGAGAUAAUUAUGGGCGUGAUUUUUGAAGUAAAUACUCGGUAAAUAUUUACAGGCAGACUAUAGUUACUAGAACAAUUACUGAUUAAUGUAGUUGUUCUGGUGUUUUUCAAUAUAAACCCUACCUUUUUCGAAAAAAGGUAGUGUUUACAUUACUGACUAGGAUCACCUCAAGUAGCAGUCACUCAGAUGGCCAUUUGUGGUGCUUCCUGGGUCAGUCCUUCACAGUGUGCAGCACUGGCAUUCAGUAUCUCCAUGCUCUGCAUAGAGGCGCUCAAUGUUCGCCAUAUUCAAUGCAUCUCUAUGAGGAGAUGCUAAUUAGCAAGAGCGGGGUUUGGCUGACUUCGCUGCCUGAUUGACUGAUGUUCUAGGCCUACGUUGCCAUUUAUACUCUAUUGUAACCUUGGGAGGAAUAUUUCCACCAAAAUGGAAUAUCAUUUUCAAACGUAGACAACUCUGGUUAUGGCACAUUGGGUGUAUUGUGUAUCCAGUUUAUCAUGACCUUAGUGUAGCCGUUCUUAAUGUAAAUAGGGACAGGCCAAGUGUCAGGGGAUCCAGAAAUCAGAGUGGUCAGGAUAACGAGCCAAUAAGGCGAUACAGCAAUUGACAAAGAGUAAUCCGGAAAAGCCAGGGUUAGGAAGCCAGAAUUACCGUUAACCAGCAACUUGUGACCUUAUAGUUUAACCCUUUAUUGUAGACUUUGAAACCGUCAGAAACACACAAGCCUGGUAGAUAUGGACAUGAAGGGACUCUACACUUUCUCUGGGUGACCUUUCACAGGCUGUGGUGGGGCAUUCUAGAAGGUAACAGCCUGCUGCAAUGUCUCUGGGUAUCUUCUGUCUUAAAGGGACAUGCAUCACUUUGUAAUCAUUUUUUUUAUACCAGCAAUAAAACCCUUUUAAAGGACCUCUAUAGUGCCAGGAAAACAAAUCCUGGCACAAUAUAAUCCUAAGGUGUGUCCCCCCCACCCACCCUCAGGGUCCCCCUCUGGCUGGGUUGAAGGGGUUAAAACCACUUCAGCCACUUUCCUUUAUCCAGUUAAAACCACUUCAGCCACUUUCCUUUAUCCUUUAUCCCUCGGUGCUGAUGACCUCUCCUCCCCAUCCGACGUCAGCUCACGAGUGGAGCCGCAUGCGCGGCCAGAGCCACGCGCACAUUCAAACCACCCAUAGGAAAGCAUUACGAUGCGGAAACACCUCUAGCGGCUGUCAAGAAGACAGCCACUAGAGGCUGGAUUAACCCUGCAAUGUAAACAUAGCGGUUUUUCUGAAACUGCUAUGUUUACAGCUCCAGGGUUAAAACCUGGGGGACCUGGCACCCAUACCACUUCAUUGAGCUGGGUGACUAUAGUGGUCCUUUAAACAAAAAUAAAGAAAGAAAGUCUUUAAAAGUAUGUAAUAAACAUUUAUAAAUUUACUGUGAACUCCUCUUGGCUAAGGCAGUUUCUUCAGACUCCCCCCUCCCUUUAUCCCACCCAGUUCAGUUUCAGAUCAGUGCACUAAUGACAGAAACAGGUCAUUGUACAGCAGCGGGAGAGAGAAACCUGAUACUGGAGCCUUCUCUGCAUGAACACACUGAUCAGACUCCCUCUCUUCUCCCCCUCUCAGGAUGUUGCAAGGUGAAUAGAGUUUCCAGCUGUGCAUGUGUAAAUCUGUAAGGCACGCACAUUGCACUUUUCAAGCAUUCUUAGGGAUAGAAUACUGAUUGGUUUGAUCAGUGUUCUUCCACCCCCUCCUCCCCCCCAGUCUACAGGGUGAAACAACUGUCUCAUUCAAAGCUACAGCUUUACAAUGAGAAAUUAAUUUCAAAGUGAUGCAUGUCUUUUAAAUGUGAAUGGAUUAGGGGGCUGGAUAAACAAAUUCUCUGCUUAACGCUUAAGUGUUAAUUUCAGGUUAUUAUAUGAUUUACCUGUGCCUGCGUUUUUUGUAUAGCACAUACAAAUUGUAGACUGCAAUCUGGGUUAGGUAUAUGACAGAUUUGUGUGCCUGGUUUUGGUUUUGCAGUGAACCAGAUAUGGCGCAAAGCUGUUGUUGUGCUGUUACGGUUUUUGCCAUAGCUUAGCUUCCGAGGGUAACCUUUACAAAUUUUGCACCAUGUGCCACAGGCUAGGGUGUCAAAGUACAAUUUUUAAAAUAAGUCUACACUAGCAUGACUAGUUGUCAACCCAUACAUUGUAGCCUUUGUUCAUCAAGGGUAAAAGAUCCCACACAAUUUUGCCGUUUAGGCCCACAGAAUCAGGGCAGCCUCAUGGACGGAGUUCGCAAUCUUUGUUUUCAUAAAUGUAAAAAGCCAGGUACACUCUAUAGUGUAUUGUAGUGUCGGUUAUGUAACGGAUCACCUUGCACCCCGACUGGGUUCCUCCGUUGAAGGAUGCUCCUAGCGCUUCCUGAGGGCUCCAAGCACUCCAGUCGACACCAUAACCACCGUAGACUCCUCCAGAGAGCAAGGCAUUAACAAGCUCUUACAAGAGAUUAGUAGUGAUUUAGCAAGGGAGUAUGACAAGCAUGGCAAUCCCUUGUAGCAGAUUCCCCCAAUAAGAGACGGCACUCCAAAUUGAGGGUGAAGUAGAACGCCUUUACUUGGCACCAAAGGGCCUUCUUUUACGGAGGUCUUACACAUACAGGACCGCCCACAGGGUUUUUCAGAACAACCAAUAAAAACAUUACAACACAUACAAUAAAGUAAACCACUCACAGCAGAAAUCCUCCCCUCUGCCUGUGAUACAAUUAUCUCAAGACAAUAGACUAAAUUAAUUAGCACAGGCAGAAAAUAUACAGUUUUUACACAAUUGUUAUAACUUUAUAAGUAUGCAUGCAAUAUUAAUAAAAGUUACAUAUGUGAAAUCAGCGUCCUUCAAAUAUAAAUAUACUCAAAAAUCAUAAAAAUCCAUCCAGUAGAUGGACGUCCUUUUUGAAUGACUGCAAGCAUGGCUUUUCUGCCCAAAACCAGUUCCACAGGUCUAGCAGUGUCCCUGGGACAACACCCUGCUGGAGAACAAUAGACUGUAAACGGGGCAGGGGCACACCUUCCCAUGUAUUCAAAGGGGCAGAAAAAGUGUUUCAAAAUGCAAUAAGCCCAAAUAAGUUCCUUAAAGGGCAAUACAUCCCAGGGGCCAUAGUCACAUGGCAGGAGGCUGGCAAUCAGUCUUCUCCAAUGCCCAGUGGCGAGGCUGGUUCCACCACAUUUCUCCCCUUUCCCAACAUUACUAACAAGGUAUCUGACCUCCUGUCGGUCAGUGCCUUGGUUAGUCCAAUAACCCACCCACAAAACAAAAUUAACAGAGUGGCCCACCCACAAGAAUUGGUUACUGCUCCUGGGGUAGUGGGUAGCUUGUCCAUGUCCAGUGGCUCCACCACGGCUCUGGGGGGUACUAGCCCUCCGGAUCAGUAGGUUUCUGAGUGGGCAGAGACCAGCGGUACACUGUCCUAGUGUCAGCGCUACCAUGGGAGUAGCCUGGUUGGAGCCCAGCUGAGGAGAAGGGAUAGUAGGCUCCUCCCUCUAGACCUGUUGUUGCUGCUGGAGGGGAGGGGUAACGAGGCUCUCUCCUCCCGGUAGAGUACUCUGCCGCUGGGGAGCAGGACCGACUGUCCAUUCUCCCUGUAGCUUGGGCACAGAGACCACAGUCCCAUCUGGGGAGCUUAGUGUCUCCCCUGGGUGGGCUACGCUGCCGCUGGGAAGAGGGGGUAACAAGCUCCUCUCCCUUACACACUUUCAGCCGCUGGGGAGAGGGGGUAACAGCCUCCUCUCCCUGACACUCUCUCUGCUGGUGUCUGACUGUCUCCCCUUUCAAUAUACUGUCCCGCUGCUGAGAAGCGAGACCGACUGUCUCUGCUCCCUGCAGGACACACUGCUGCUGGGGAGGAAGGACGGCACCUUCGGCUCCCUGUGACUCACUGGACUGCUGGGGAGAGGGACAAACUGUCUCCUCUCCUAAGGACACACUCUACCGCUGGGGAGGAAGGACGGCACCUUCAGCUCCCUGUGAUAUAUACUGCCGCUGGGGAUCUGGGCCGACCGCCCAGCAUCCCUGUAGGGCAGGUAGAGAGACCACAGUCCUAUCUCCACCUGCCAUCUGUGGGUCUUCCCAGGACCAGUCUAUGAGGUCCGCUACCUCAGGUACCUCUGAUUGCUGUUGGGGAAGAGGACUGACUGUCUCCUUUCCCAUGGAUACACACUGCCUCUGGGGAGGAAGGACGGCACCUUCGGCUCCAUGGGACUCACACUGCUGCUUGGGAGGGCGGAUGACACCUUCGCCUCCCUGCAACUCACACUGCCGCUGGGGAGGAAGGACGGUGCCUUCGGCUUCCUGGUACUCACACUGCCGCUGGGGAGGGAGGACAGCACCUUCGGCUCAGAUUGUCUCCACUCCCUGUAACUCACUUGACUGCUGGGGAGAGACACCGACUGUCUCAUUUCCCAAAGAUACACACUGCCGCUGGGGUAGAUCAAAAGUUAGAUGGACAUCCUUUUUGAAUGACUGCAAGCAUGGCUUUUCUGCCCAAAACCAGUUCCACAGGUCUAGCAGUGUCCCUGGGACAACGCCCUGCUGAAGAACAAUAGACAGGAAAUGGGGGAGGGGCACACCUUCCCAUGUAUUCAAAGGGGCAGGAAAAGUAUUUCAAAAUGCAAUAAGCCCAGGGGCCAUAGUCACAUGUCAGGAGGCUGGCAAUCAGUCUUCUCCAAUGCCCAGUGGCGUGGCUGGUUCCGCCACAGGCUAUUUGGAUAGAAGUAUCUCUAAUGGCUGUCAGAGUGACAUGGAUAAAUAUGGACGUUAAGAUGUGUCAUUAUGCCGAACAUUUUAAAAGCCCAUGUUUUCCAGGAUGUAACACAUUCUAACAUCGUAAAUGAGUGUGGGGAUUGUGAUGCUAAGACAUUAUUAUAAACAGGUAGCCCUAGUAUAACAAUUCUCAGCCCUGUGCGCUAUACAAGACUUUAUGAUGGAGAAGGCUGGCAUCGCACACACAGACAGGGGUAGUAGUGACAGAGGUGGGUGGUAGAAGCACAUACUAGCAGGAUUAAGGUGAUUCCCCUUCCAGGAAAAAGAUAGUGAAACAUUAUAAAUAACUCCAAGGUAACAAAGUGAGUUUCUUUGUAGACUGAGAGAGAGAGAGAGUGAAGUAUAGACUUAGUUGGAGAGAUCGUUUAAUACGUGUUUCUUUAUGUGCAGGAUUACAUUGUUGUGAAGAGAUCUGACAAUUCUAUAAUACAGAAAAGCAGUCCCUGUGUGUUAAAAGGAUCUUACAAGAACCAGAGCUCCAGCACGGUGUCUGGACCUCACUCACUGAUACAUGAGGGAAUCAAUGAGCAGAAGAUCCUGGAACUGACAAAUGAGAUCAUCUAUCUUCUGACUGAAGAGGUGAGGUUGCUGGGAAUGGGACAUCAUAGAGUAAAACCAAAGAAUGUGUCUGGAUGGUGACUAUAUAAAGAUGUUGGGAUCUCACUGUCUGUUAUUUCUUGUAGGUUUGGAAGUAUUUAAAAGGGCAAAAGGAAACUUACAAGGAAGUGAUGAUGGAGAGUCACCACCCGCUCAUCUCACUGGGUGAGACCGUUUAAUCCGCAUUUUUGUUUGGUUAUAGAGCAGAUAUAAUUCACUUAUAUCAUCAAACACCUGGUACACAGUGUGAGAUCUGUACAGUUAUUACACACUGGUAAGCCGUAAGAACACAUUUUAAUUUUAUUUUUUAAUCUUUUAUUAGGAUCAUAGGUCAGACAUGAUGUUGUACAAGUCACAUGUGAUGGCCACUGCAUGUUUACAAGGCCCAUCCUUCAGUUAGGUUGUUCUGUAAAGUCACUGGUAAUCAUGAGCUUACCAGUUCACUAAUAGGAUAUUCUCCCUGGAUAGCUGCUGCAUGGUUUGGGAAAGUUGACCCCUACUGGACUAGAAGGCCUUCUUGUUCAUCCAGCUUCUAUGAGUUCUUCUUUGCUUGCAUGCUAAGUAGAAACUCAACUUGCUAAUCACUAAAGAAAUUGCUAUUGCAAGAAGUAAGUACUAAAAUUGUUAAAUAAUCUUUUUAAAUUGAGUCUCUCUAUUCUGAGAUUAUGACUGUAGAACUCUCCCUCUGAACCUCUGCCUGGCAGCAUUGAAUCUAUUUGUAGCGGAGCACUAGUUUCCCAUAGGCUUUCUCCGCCUGUUGCUCUUGUAACGACAAACUUAAAGAUUUUCAAGUAUUGUCAAUCUUCACAAGGAAGGGUUUCUAGUGGCUGUGUGAUAGACAGCCACUAGCGGUAUCCUUAUUGUUUCAGCAGCUUCUCAUUAAAGGACCACUGUAGGCACCCAGACCACUUCAGAUUAAUGAAGUGGUGUGGGUGCCAGGUCCAUCUAGGAUUAACCCUUUCUGCUGUAAACAUAGCAGUUUCCAAGAAACUGCUAUGUUUACCUAUGGGUUAAUCCAGCCUGUAGUGGUUGUCUCAUUGAGAGCCGUUAGAGGCGCUUCCGCGCUUCUCACUGUGAUUUUUCACAGUGAGAAGAUGCCAGCGUCCAAGGGAAAGUAAAAGUAACAAUAAAAAAGGCUGCGCCACAUAAAAUCAAAAUAAAAAUAAGAUAAAAACCAAUAAGAGAGUCCAAAUUGUGAGUCCUUACGGAUAUUCUUAUUGAGAGGCUGGUAGGAUGGUUGAUUCUUCAAAUAUAAUGGUGGGUCCUCUUAUAUGAAAGAGAGAAAAGACGGACAACAAAUGGUGCAGUAUAUCAAGUCCAAAUUGUGACGUAUUGAGAGAUAAUAAUUGAACACUCACAUUUACAAGAGCUUUUGUCCAGCUCUGAGAUAAGGCGCACACAGCGGUAUGAUCCCCGCUUAUGGGAUAUAUGUGGUAGGAUAUCUCUCCGUCAAGGAUGAUCAGUUCUCGGAAGGAAGAAGAGACAGCCAAUAGUGCUCACUGUAUAGUGGUGAUGGUAUAAAUUGAAUAAAAAACGUACUUACAAAUAGAGAGCAGGCGAACUGCUCUAUGAUGACAGCGUAAGUGGAUUGAUCCCCACUUAAGGAUUUCUUGGGGUACUGGAAUCUUCCAAUUUGUUGGUACAAACCAAUAAGUGGUUGAAAAUAAUAAUAAAAUAAUUCAGUAAAAUAACUAUAAAAAUAAAUAUGAAAAAGCCAGGGUAAAAAUAAAAGAAAUGUGUAUAAAAAGAUAAUUGGCACAAAUAAAUAACCAAAUUAACUUUAAUAUUAAAACACAAUUAAAUAUCCAUAACGCGUUUCGUCACAAAAGACUUUAUCAAAUGGAAUAACCAAUUGAGAAUGAUUUCCUAUGGACUGGCUGAAUGCGCGUGCGGGUCAGGGGAAAGGAGGCAUUAAAGGGUUAAACCACCACUUAGUAGAUCUUCCCCUUCCAGAGACACAGGCACAGCUACUGUAGACAUCAAUCCACCGAACCGGAGAAGCAUAUGAAUGCUGUAAACAGCCGACCCGGAACCAUACGAAUGCUAUAAACACCCGAAUAGGAAAAAAACCAUAUGAAAGGUUUACACUCCUAGCAGUCGAAUUGGAACAGCAUACAAUAAAUCCCCCCAAGAAUGAGACAAAGCUCCGUGUUGAGGGUCAAGCAGUGAACAGACAGAGCUGUGGGUUUAUUGUUCUUAUAUACACAUUCUUACACAUUAGUAACACCCACAGGGUUUUGGAAAACAACCAAUAAACACGUACAAUACACUCAGACACUCCCACACAAAAUCCUCCCCUCUGCCUGUGAUACAAUUACGUUACACAAUGGGUAAUGUAAUUAUCACAGGCAGAGAAAUACAAUUUUUCCACAUUAUUCAUAAUUUUUAAAGUAUGCAUCACAUUCACACAAUACUUACAUUUUCAGAAUCAGCAUACUCCAAAUACAAACAUACGUCAAAAUCAUACAAAUUGGUCCAGUGGUUCAAAAGAUAGAUCGUAGUCCUUUGUGACCAAAUGAAGCAUGGUUUUUCUGCCUAAAACCAGUUCCACAGAGUCUUCUAUCCUGGAUAUAAUUGGGAAGUAAUCCAAUUAUCUCCAAGGACAGAGGCAAAACUCCAUUGAACAAAAGACAAUAAAAUACAUAAAAAUAUAUAACUGUGCAGCCAUUGCAUAAAACAGGUACAUUCAACAUAUCCCCAGAUAGCUCAGAUCUGAGCGCACAUUAUUACUGAAUGACGCUCAGAUCACACACAUACAGUUCAAUUGCCAUGGUGCCAAAGUCUUUCCCAUAGUCUUUCUGUAGCGGAGAGGUAGUAUAAUCCACAGUAUCUUCGCUGGGUAACAGGAACAGCAUAAAAUAAUCCAGAUAAAUAAAUACAGCAUACAAUAAUCCCGGUAGCGUUGUAAGAAUCCUUCCCUCCCAAGAACUAGACGACACAUAGGCUGGGAGUCAACUGAGGUUUUAUUCACAGGUCACAGUAUUUAUGCAAGUCCCCAUGCAAGGGGUUUCCCUACUGACAUUGCAGGGGUUAUACAGUAAGGGACUACAUGGGGGACUUAACAACCUGGACAUUUCUCCCAUCAUGCACUGCUGCACGAGAGGGACACUCCCACUAGAAUAUACCAUUAAGUGGAUUAUCCCUCCGUGCAGCAGAACCAAUAUUUCACAUUAAAAUCUAUAACUUUCACAUUAUUCACUCUAUUUAAACGAAUGGACGUUCGGUAGAUAGCUGGGGUCUGGGCGUACAGUUCGUGAGAAUACCGUUCAGAUCCCAGCAUAACUAACCGAACGCCGCGCGAAACACACAUUAUAUUCAAGUUACAUUCAAAGUACCGAUUGACAUUAGGGGAACAAACUACCGAAUGCCUGGGGCUCCUGAACAGCCUGGAAGUCCAGCGGUAUUCGUGCCGUCGAGUAGCCGAUUUUAGUUCCAGGCGCCUCGACGACCAAAUACCGCUGGGCUAACAAAGGAUCCAAGAUGGCCGACCGCCGCGUGGUUGGUAGCCGAACGACGGCCACCUAGGAAAGCACUUGCAAUCGGUUAAUGGGCGCCACACGACCUCCUGUGUGUGGUUGCCUAUUCGGUAGUUUAUUCGUUUCACGAACAGUGUUGAAUUUCACUGUUCGUGAAACUAUGGUAUGAAUGCUGGUGGCUUCCAUGCCGCCAGCAUUCGAAUGCUCUUGUUCGCCUGAAAUAGAGAUAUCUGAAUACACUUGGUUCUAACAACCUUAAAGCUAUAGAAACACAGUUAUACAAAUACAGUCUUAAGUGGCUAGUUUUGCCACACUUUCAUUAUACGAAUGGGCUCCAUGGCAUAGCUAUCUGGGGUAUCACCGCUCAAACAGGGCAAGCUCCGAAUGACCCGGCUUUCAUGUUUUUGCAGGGGAAAAUCAAGCGUUUCAACAUGGGGCCAUAAUCUAAAGGCAGCAGACGGGCAACCAGGCUCCUCCAAUGCAUGACACUAUAGUGGUCCUUUAAUGGUAGUGUUAACAUUUCAGUUAGUGCUGCCUCAGACAGUAAAUGAGAUUUACCCCCUUAAAGGACACUGCUUCUGUUUGCUUGUUUUGUACUUAAAGACACAAGGAAUUUGUAUGUAUUCAACAGUAAUGUUAAUAUAUUAGUUUUUAUAAAAACAUGUAAAAAUGACAAGUUCAAAUAGUAUAUUUAAUAUGUUAAAAAUACUAAAAUCAAUAGCAAUUACAUCCUAAAUACACUACGCAGCGCUUUACAAUGGGUGGACGAACAGACAUGUAAUUGUAACCAGACAAGUUGGACACACAGGAACAGAGGGGUUGAGGGCACUUCUCAAUGAGCUUACAUGCUAGAGGGAGUGGGGUAAAGUGACACAAAAAGGUAAGGAUAGUAUUAGACUAGUGACCGUUGCAGAAGAGGAAUCAGUCAGGAGCUAUUAACAGUUUAAUUUUUUAAGGAGUGGAGAUUGGGUGAGCAUCUAACGGAGGAGGGAAGCGAGUUCCACAGCAACGGUGCAGCCCUCGAGAAAUCUUGAAGGCGAGCAUCAGAGGUGGGAGUACAGACAAAAGUUAAACGUAAGUCUUCAGCAGAUCGUAAGGCCCUAGACGGGACAUACUUGUGUAGAAGGGAGGAUAAAUAGGUGAGAGCAGCAUUAUGUAGAGAUUUGAAAGCAAGAACCAGAAUUUAUUUUAAUUGAGCUCUAUAUUUUAUAGGAAGCCAAUGUAGGGACUGACAGAAAGGUGAGGCGUGGGAGGUGCAGGCGGACAGGAAGAUGAGCCUCGCCCCCGCAUUCAUUAUGGACUGUAAUGGCGCAAGUUGGGAGCACAUAAGACCACUGAGAAGCGGAUUACAGUAGUCAAGGCGAGAAAGGACAGUGGAAUGGACCAGCACCUUAGUCGCAUCUGGCAUUAAGUAUGGGCGGCUGCGUGCAAUGUUUUUGAGAUUGAAACAACAGGAUUUGGCGAUAGACUGAACAUGAGACUUGAAGGAGAGGUCGGAGUCAAAGAGAGCACCUAGGCAGCGAGCCUGCAUGUUGGAGCUGAUGGUAGCACCGUUGACUUGGAGAGAGACAGACACAGGAGUAACAACACUUGAGGGAGGAAAGACCAGGAUUUUGGUUUUGGUCAAGUUUAGUUUAAGGAAGUAGGCAGCCAUCCAGUUAGAAACAGCAGAGAGGCAGUCAGAGACAUUAGUCAAGAGGGACGGGGAGAGAUCAGGGGAGGACAGGUAGAUUUGCGUGUCAUCCGCAUAGAAAUGAUAUUGAAAGGAGCUAAUGAGUUUACCAAGGGAGGCAGUAUAGAUGGAGAACAGUAGGGGACCAAGGACUGAACCUCGGGGGACACCAACAGAGAGGAGUUGGGGAGAAGAAGCAGAGCCAGAGAAAGAAACACUGAAAGAGCACUGGGAGAGGUAGGAGGAGCACCAGGAGAGAGCAAUAUCUUGUAGACCGAUAUUGCAGAGUUUGAGAAGAAGUUGUUGAUGAUCAACAGUGUCAAAAGCCACAGACAGGUCAAGGAGAAUUAGGAUAGAGUAGUGACUACAAGAUUUUGCAGUGAGUAGGUCAUUGGAUACCUUGGUCAGUGCCGUUUCCACAGAGUGCUUAGCGCGGAAACCAGACUGAAGAGGGUCUAGCAGAGAGUUGGACUUGAGGAAGUCUGUCAAUCUCGCAUACACCAUUCUUUUAAGGAUCUUGGAUGCAAAAGGCAGUAGCGAGAUAGGACGGUAGUUGGAUGGGUAGUUAGGGUCAAGGUUGGGCUUCUUUAGAAUUGGGGUUACAGUUGCAUGUUUGAAGGGCGAUGGAAAUAUACCAGAGGAGAGAGAGAGUGAGAAUUUUAGUGAGAGGUGGAGAAAAAGAAGAGGACAGAGUACGGAUGAGAUGCGAGGGAAUUGGAUCUAGGGAGCAGGUGGUAGGGCGGGAGGACUGGAGCAGAGCAGAAACCUCUUCCAAUGUAGCGGGUGUGAAUGAACAUAGAACAGCAGAGGGAGUGAAGUUAGGGGAAGUAUUGUAAGGGGAAGACGAAAGAUAAGAGAUCUCUUCCCUGAUUGUAGAGAUCAUGUCAGUUAAGUGAGUUGCAAAAUCUGAGGCGGUCAAGUUAGUAGGUGGAGGAGGAACAGGGCGAAGAAGAGAGUUAAAUGUGUGAAAUAGUCGUUUGGGUUCACGGGAGAGUGUGGUUAUGAGGGUAUUGCAGUAAUUUACUUUUGCAGAGGAAAGAGCCAAGCUGUAUGAGCUCAGCAUAAAUUUAAAGUGGAGAAAGUCAGAUGCACAGUGGGACUUUCUCCAACAGCGUUCAGUGGUUCUGGAGCAUUUUUGGAGGUAUCGAGUGAGCUUGGUGUGCCAGGGUUGUUGUUGUUUAGGGCGCCUGUGACAUUUAAAUAUAGAAGGUGCCAUGAUGUCUAGUUUAGAGGAGAGGGUGGAAUUGUAGAAGGAGGUUGCAGAACUAGGACAGGUGAGGUUUGAGAUAGGUAAAAGGAGAGUUUGGAGAUUAGUGGAGAAAUGCUCUAGGUUUCUGUGAGAGUGAUGUUCAGAUGGUGGUGUCAAUUGGGUCUUAGGUAUGCCAAUGUCAAAAGUCAGCAGAUGGUGGUCAUAUUGAGGAAAAGGAAUAUUGGAGAAAUUAGAGGCAGUACAGAGUGAAGGCGAGAUCAUGAGUGUUUCCCGCUGUAUGGGUUGCUAAAUUGGACCAUUGCGUAAGGCCAAAGGAGGAGGUUACAGAGAUCAGACGAGAGGCAUCAGUGCAUUUGGGGUUGUUUAUUGGGAUAUUGAAAUCCACAAGUAUAAGGGAAAGAAGUGGGGAAGCCAGGAAGAAAAGUGCUCAAUGAAUAGUCUAGGAUAACCGGGGGUCAGUAGAUGAUAGCAAUUCUUAAAGGAGUGGGUUUAAAUAGGUUGACAGUGUGAACUUCAAAAGAAAAAAAGGAUAGGGCAGGGGGAGUUACGAUUGCUUGAAAGGUACAUUGAGGGGAGAGAAGGAUGCCUACGCCGCCUCCUUUGCAGUUGAGUCUGGAAGUGUGAGUGAAUUGUAGCCCACCAAAACAUAGAGGCAGGAGUAGCGCUAUCAGAGGGGGAAAGCCAGGUCUCUGUAAGUGCAAGCAGUGUGAGUGAGUUUGAGAUGAAAAAGUCGUGUGUAGUUGAUUUAAAAAAAAUAAAAAUAAUAUAAAUAUAUAUAUAUAUAUAUAUAUAUAUAUAUAUAUAUAUAAUAUAUAAUGUGUGUGUGUGUAUUAUCAUCACAUUGUUACACACAGAUCUGCACACCAGUCAAAUCACAAGACUUGCUUGGCUCUCUACAAGGUCAGCAAGACAAUAAGAGCCUUAAUCUAGAACUCGAUGGGCAAGUCAAAAGCAACUCUAGAAGCCAAUUCCAGGACAAUAACUCAAGUUAACAUUAAAUGUGGCAUAUACCAAGGAGAUCCUUGAUAUCCCCAAUGCUGUUCUGCAUAGGCUUCAACCCCCUUAGCCAGAUCAUCAAGAAGAGUGGAUACGGAUACAGGUUCAAGAGUGGAGCUACCAUCAGCCACCUACUCUACAUGGACGACAUCAAGCUGUAUGCCAAGAGUGAGCGAGACAUUGACUCACUGAUCCACCUAACUAGAGUAUACAGCAAGGACAUCGGAAUGUCGUUCGGACAAGAGAAAUGUGGACGGAUGAUAGCAAAAAGAGGGAAGAUGAUCAGGACAGAAGGAGUUUAAGUUCCAGUAGGCCAAAUAGAAGAUGUAGAUAACAGCUACAAGUACCUGGGUGUACCACAAACGCAUGGCAACCAUGAGGAAGAGGCAAGGAGGAUAGCAACAUCAAAGUACCUCCAGAGAGUCAGACCUGAAGUCCCAGCUCAAUGGCAAGAACAAGAUCCAAGCCAUCAACACAUAUGCCCUACCGGUCAUCAGAUACCCAGCUGGAAUAAUAACCUGGCCAAGAGAAGAACUUGUCACCAUGAUCCAAGGUGCAGACUGUGCAAAGAGGACUGAGAGACAGUCCAGCACCUAGUAGCCGGAUGCAAGAUGUUAGCAUGAACAGCAUACACGGAGAGACACAAGUUCCUGGGAUUGUGUACCGAAACAUCUGCACAGAAUAUGGAUUGGACCUGCCUAAGUCCAGAUGGGAGAUACCACAAAGGGUAGUUGAGAAUGACAGGGCUAAGAUCCUGUGGGACUUCAAGAUCCAGACAGACAAGCAAGUGCUGGCCAACCAACCAGACAUCAUGGUGGUAGACAAGUAACGAAAGACUGCAGUCGUGGUGGAUGUGGCAAUACCCAGUGAUUAUAACAUCAGGAAGAAGGAAUAUGAGAAGGUGGACAAAUACCAAGGACUGAAAGAAGAACUAGAAAGGAUGUGGAAAGUGAAGGCAGUAGUAGUCCCAGUUGUAAAAGGAGCAGUCAGGGCUGUGACUCCCAAGUUGGGGGAGGGGCUUCAACAGAUUCCAGGUGGGACAUCUGAGAUCGCUGUCCAGAAGAGUGCAGUUCUAGGAACAGCUAAGAUACUGCGCUGAACCCUCAAACUCCUGAUAGAGGACCCGAGAAUGAGGAAUAAACAUACCACCCAGGAGGGGUGAGAAAAUCAAUUAUAUAUAAAUUAUGUGGUUGUGUGUGUGUGUGUAUGUAUAUUAAGGCGUAGCCUGCAAUUGUGGGAGGGGUUACCCGACUAUAAAAACUCAGGCCCCCUCCAUGACAAAACCAUCACCACUGGGUUCAUUCAGAACCCUAGACUUCCAGUUCACUCACCUGAGGCUUCGCUCCCAUGCUGUCUCCAAGCAAGUCAAUUUUUCACGGCAAAAGGCUACCCUACCCACAACCGCAUUUACUUAAGCCCGAUCGGACUACUCACAUCGCGAAUCCCAGCCUCCGUGCAGUCCAUUCACCUUCUUACAGCUGCACUCCCCGCUCUACUCCCUGUUCUGGUCGGAGCCCGCCAGCAUCGGCUGAUCUCUUUCCUUACCACUGCUUCUGGGUUACAUCCUCCUGUUUGGUCCACGAACCGUGAGUUUUCCCGAAAGGGUUCAUACGUACGCUACGUUUGGCCGCCACCCGGCUCCCAUUCAUGCGAACAAACCCCUUUCGUGUCCUUGUUUGUAUCAGUCCAACCGUACGUUCUGUUCGAUGCCAUUUGUUCAUAUAAAACUAACCGAACGCGGUGCUCUAGUUGGUGUACUUGCGACUCCUAGCGACUAAACUUCAUUAUGACAGUCAAUGUCAUUUCUAUUUUAUGUACAAUUUCGUUCACAUGUAUUUACUUAUUCAAAUUAGACAAAUUAAGGAGGACUGCAUCCUAGGUUAAGUGUUUUUAAUAACAAUAUGUUUGAAUAAAAGUACAUAUUUCAUAUAUAGAUGUCAGGAUUGCUAAUGUCAUUUUAGACAAAUUUUAAUAACUGUUAAUUUAGCCUGUUGAUAUUUUCUCAUACUGUAUCAAGUGUGUAAUGAAAUAGGCUUUGCCACAGCACCUCUAUUUGUACUAGGGGCUGUCCAUAUCCUUUUGCUGCUUUAUUUUCCUGGGAUUGUAGCUGUUCGUUAUUUGUGGAAACAAGUAACAAGCUAUUAUUUUGUAUCAUUAGUCUGGUUGUUCGGUAGAACCCCUUUUCAGCUAUUCUCACCAUAGGGUUCGACAAACAAACUAAGUACUGAACAACCAGGCCACCCAUGAGAGGAGCGUGGCGCCAAUUGACCUCCCUAACCUGGUUCACACCCUCUCAAUUGAAAACACAUGAACCAACUGGGUGAUCCCCUGGGUGGCCGCCGUUCGUUAUGCGAACACGUGGUGGCGACCAUCUUAGAAUCCGAAUUACACCAGCGGUGUUUUGGUCGUCGAGUGUCUGGAACCCAAAUCGAACACUUAACUGCACGGACACCGCAGAGACUUCCAACCUUGUGUGAGUUUGUGUAAACUCAGGGGAACAGAGCGGCAUUCGGUUAAAGGAGUCACACGAACAAGAUGAGUUGAACGAACCAAGGCAUGAACCAUGUUCUUAUGCACUUUCAUGUUUUUCAGACACUCGAACGGAGACCGACCGCACAGCCCAAACAAAUGGAACUAUUUUCGGCUUACACCUCGUGUGCGGUUGGUAAAAUUAGACCUCCAUAAAACUGUCGAACCCCUGAACCGAUCUGGGUGAUUUUGCAGUAUGUUGCUCCCCCAGUCCGGGGCUAUCAGGGAUGUCUGAAUUGUGGGAGUAUGAUAUGUUUUUGGGGUACUUCUAGAAAUGUAUAAAAAUUAUGAUUUUUCUGUUUGGAGAUAAUUGAGUUGAUACAGUAAAUAACUCAAUUAUCUCCUAAGCAGAGGGGAGGGAUUGUGUAAACUGUAAUUCUGUUUAUUGGUUGUUUUCUGUUUUUACCUGUGCCCAACAAGGUCCACCUGGGUGGUAACCUUUUGGGCAAAACCUGCAUAAAAGACCAGUCUGGCCAUUAAAAGUUCUGUUCUGCUUCUAAUACUGAGUGUAGUCCAGUUAUUAGGAAGGGUGAUGGGAUAUUCGUGGGGUAUCUUAUGCUUAUGCCUGCCGCCUUGAAUUAUCCUGUUUGUUCCUGAGCAGCUGUUGAAGUAACCAGCGGAGAAGAAGCCUUGCUACCACUAGCUCUCCGCUACAAAGUGUCCACAUCUCAUGUUCACGGUUUAACAAUACUUUUAUACCAUUACUUGUUCCCCACGUUAGGUAUAUCUCAAAUCGUAUAUAUUCAUCACAAUCUCAUUUCGACUGCCUUCACUUCACAAAAAAAUAUCACUUAUUGACGGUUACUCUCCCCUUCACAGGGUAUGUAUGUUAUGUGUUAUUUAGUAUGAUCAUUAUUGUCCCUAUGGCUAUUUCCAUGAACGCACUCCUAGGGAUUUGUAGGCCCUAAGCUCGAUUUAUUGAUUUGUUAACAGUAACCUAAGUAGUUGGAAAACCUGAUGUAACCUUUUCUAGCACACUCAAGCAAAUCCUUGCAGUAUUUUGUAUUUCCACUGUGCAUGUUAUGCAUGCGUAAGAAUCACCACACAUUCUCUACAUAUCUCUACGGUAAGCUAGGUAUGUCUCCAUUUACAUCGUACUCCUUUUCCGUCAUAGGCUAGAGUAAAUUAACUGGCUAUUUAGUUACUUACAUUGUCCCUAGUUUACUGUAAUUAAUCUACUCCCGUAAGGCCAACACCCAUCCUCUCCGGAGGUGUAUGCUGCUUGGCACACCGCAUAGUUAGAACCUCACAUUAGCCGCUGUCGGCUACUAGUCAGGGCACCACCAAGUCACGCCUACGUAUAUUAUGUCUUGUUAAAAGUCACAGAGAGGCCAACACUCCGUUCAGUGGCUCCCGCCCACUCGGCCCCUCUUAUAGAUAGAGCCUCUCUCUCACCUCUUGGCACUAGUAGGGCCUGCAGUUUAGGUAAUUCUUCACCUAAACUGCAGUUAAAGCCAGUUGGCAUAGGUACUCCCUUAUCUCUAAAGUUCUCAUAGUUUAAUCAAGUUUACCUUCUUAGUAUGUCCCAAACCCCAGAAUAAGACAAGGAACUCGUUAAGCCUCAGACCCAAGCAAGCCUUCUACCCAGGCCAGUCCAAGCACCCCUACUAAAAACCUGGAAUCAUCCAACCCGUAUUCCUUACAUUCCUGGACAAUCCCUGAGUUACGAUGUAUGGGGGUCCCAUUCCCGGCUACAGCACACAAAGCUUAACUGUAUGGAUUGUUUGUCACCAAUACCUGUACCCCACCCCCCCCAGCCAGGAAUUAAUCUACAAACUGAGAAUUUUACGGGACAUACUAAGAAGGGUUUAAUGUCUUCCCUGCACGCUUUGAGAAAUUGGAAUAUCCUCAGCCAUCGACAUCCGACCCUCCCAGCCCAGCUCCCUCUCAUGGUAAUGACACCAUCGUUAACCCAACACUACACCUAGCACUUCUACUCACAUCAUCACGCCCUCCCACUUUGUGUCCUCAACCAUACGCAAAGACAUCCUGGAAGGCAAGGAUGUAAACCUAGUCUCCUUGCUCCUUGCUAAUUGCCUCUCAGGAUGUAGUUGAAAAUAAAGCAUACUGCUAUGGUGAUCUUACUGUCGUUUUAAAAGCCAGGGCGCAAAGGGCACUUUUACUAGAACUACAAUCCUUGAUAGGCACGCUGAACUUCGCUAUGAGAAUUAUACCACAGGGCGGGGCCUUUUUUUUUCAGUCUAAUAUGCCUUCUUUCUCUUCUUCUUACUGACAAAAGUACUGUCCCCUUAGACACACACGCAGACCUAUGCAUGUGGCUAUAUUUUAAAACUCUGUGGAAUGUGAAGGCGAUGUUUAUUCCCCCCAUCUCUGAAUCAUCCCCAGUCAUAUGGACCGAUGCUGCAGCCCACACAGGGUUCGCAGCUAUUUUUGGUUACUCCUGGUUCAGAGAUUCUUGGCCAGUCGAGACCCGUGGUCUACCCUCAUUCCAUACUACAUCAACCCUAUUUGAAAUCUACCUUAUCGUGGCAGCAUCCAAAGCCAAGGGGUAUCUGUGGCAAAGGAAAACCAUCAUGAGACUAACUGGACAAUUGACAUGGCUAGCGGCUAAACUACAGUUGCACAUCACAUGCGUACAUAUCCCAGGCCGCAUUAAUACAGCCGCUGAUGCGUUGUUUCGUUCUAAUAUGCAGGAUUUCGGCAGCCAACAACAGGCCAGUCAGCACUCCUUCAUACCAAGACUUAACCCUUGACUAAAUCACCGUAUGGCUCACCACAGAUACCUGGGCAGCUCUGCCCUCUCUUCCAAUACCACUCAAGCUUACAGUAGGGCUUUUCACUCUUUAUACUAAAUUCAGUUCAGACUUUCUGAUCAGCGACAUACUUUCCCUAGAUUCUAUAGUGGCAUUUAAUUCUUUUUGCCAUUUUAACCUAAAAUUUGUCACUAAACACCAUAAAACUCUCUACCUUACUGGAAUACAACAUCACAUCCUAAGUGCCUACCUCAGCACAAAUCCUUUCAUGUCUACCUAUCCCGUCAAGAAUAUGCUGAAAGCAUACAACGUUUAGACAAACCCACUUCUACAACUAGACAACCUAUUGACGGGCCUAAAUUUCGUACCCUUUGAGAAAUACUAAACAUCAAUCCAUCUGAAACCAGCACUAAUCUAAUCAUUAAAACACAGCCUACCUUGCCUUAAUUAAUUACCGAUAUCAUCACACCCAACAGUCAACGCCUAAAAAUUAUGAGCCUACAUAGAGGCACUGAUCAUUAUGUACUCACCAUGGCUCACACCAAGACAAACCAGUUAGACACCUACUAAAGUAUGCUAUUAUCCCACCGAUAAUCACUGGUGUCCAGUUAAAUUACUUGACACAUAUUGUGCAACACUAUCCGGUAUAAACCCAAAUACACUAUUACUCCUUUUACAUGGCAAACCUCUAACCACAUUAAAUUUAUUUUAUAUAUUAGAACUCUCUUCAUUAGACUCUGUCUUGACACCUCUACUCUUUCUGGUCACUCCUUCAGAAUUGAAGCCCCUUCCGCGGCUCAUAUAAUUAAAAGAUUAGGGCGCUGGAAGUCAUCAGCAUAUUCCAAAUAUAUACCACAUCCAGAACAGAAAUUGAGACAAGCAUUAAAAAUUUUAGCUUUGUAACGUGUGUAAUAAAGAUUAUUUGUAUACAUCAACUUUUUGCCCUCUUUUAUUACAGGCCUACCCCAUAUGUCGGCUCUGGCACAAUUUAGAAUAAAGGGUCUACUCACAGGACUUGAUAAAUUCACUCGUGGUUUAAUGAAAAAAAAAAGAUUACAUCUGCAACUGACAUUUUGACCCUAAACUGGUCUUUUUCAAGAUAACAUUUUGUAAUGUCUCACACUUUUUAAGAGUUUAAGUUAGGUUUCAUAUAUAAAUAUUUGUUGUGAAAUGUAAGCCCUAUUCAUCCUGAACAACAUGAUCUGUAAUAAGUGUUGGUACACUUAAUAUGAAAGAUGUAAAAAUUGGUUUAGAACUGGUACAAUUGGCUCUGUUCUUAAAGGGAAACUAUAGGCUAGAAGUACAAACUUGUAUUCCUAGCACUAUAGCUUGCUAUAGUGCCCCCCAUGCCAUGCUUUCCUGUGGGGUAGCCUAACAGCCCGGAAGUCCCUCUAGUGGCUGUCUGAUAGACAGCUACUAGAGGUGGAGUUUACCUUGGAUGGUAAUUAUUGCAGUUUCUCAAUGCCGUAACUGCAAUAAUUACUAUUGCUGGGUUUAGGGACUGGGACAAUGCACCCAGACCACUUCAAUGAACUGAAGUGUUCUGAAUGCCUAUGGUGUCCCGUUAAGGGGGUCAAACACCAAUUCCAGUAUGUAAACAUUAUUAUUAUUAUUAUUUAUAUAACGUCAACAGAUUCCAUAUUGCAUUACAAUAUUAUAAGAGGGGGGAUUUUACUAUAAAUAGGACAAUUAUAAGAAAACUUAAAGGUCAGAUAGAUAGUUGGGGACCCUGCUCAAACAAGCUUACAGUCUAUAGGAGAUGGGGUGUAAAACACAAUAGGACCGGAAAUGGCAAUCAAAUAAGGUGGGAGUGAAGCAGAGCUCGAGGAGAGAUUAGAGUGCUGCCCUUUAGAGGAGCGCAAGGUAUGUAAGGUAGAGGUUACUCUGGGAGGCCAUAAACUCUCCUAAAGAGAUGGGUUUUAAGGCACUUCUUAAACUAUUAAUGACAUGGGGAGAUUCUGAUGGCGGAAGGCAAGCUAUUCCAUAGGAGUGGAGCCGCCCCCGAGAAGUGCUGCAAGCAUGAGUUUGCUGUACGCAUGCGAGCAGCGGACAGGAGAAGGUCACGGGCAGAGCGGAGAGACCGAGAAGGGGCAUACCUAAGUAUCUGUGAAGAGAUAUAAGAGGGGCUAGAAUUGGUCAAUUCUUUUUUAGGUAUGGGUUAGCACUUUGAAUGGACUCCUAUAGGAUACAGGAAGCCAAUGUAAUGACCGACAGAUUGGUGAGGUGUGAGAGGACCGACUAGAGAGGAAAAUCAGUCUGAUGGCAGCAUUCAUUACAGACUGUAACGGGGCAACACGGUUUUUGGGAAGACCAAUUAGGAGAGUGUUACAAUAAUCCAUGCAGGAAAUUGCUAGAGCAUGGACAAGCCCCUUGGUAGCAUCUUGCAUAAGAAAGGGGCGGAUGCUGGCUAUGAUUUUAAGAUGGGAUCUACAGGACUUGGUAACAUGCUGGAUGUGAGGCUCAAAGGUCUAGCUAGAAUCAAAUAUGACGCCAAGACGGCGUGCUUGCAAGGAUGGACUGAUGUGGAUACCACUAAUUUGAAGGGAGAGCGAGAGGAGGAUCAGUAUUAGGAGGAGGAAAGUCAAGGAGCUCAGUUUUAGAGAGAUUUAGUUUCAGAAGGUGGGAGGACAACCAGUCAAAGAUGGAAGAAAGGCAAGCAGUGACACGUUGCAGGACGGCAGGGGAGAGGUCCGGGGAGGAGAGAUAUAUCUGUGUGUCACCAGCUUACAGGUGGUAGUGGAAUCCAAAUGAGGUCACAUGUUUGCCAAGAGAUGCAGUAUAAAGAGAAAAUAGAAGGGGACCAAGGACAGAGCCUUGGGGGACUCCAACUGAGACAGGACGAAGGGAGGCUGUAUCAUUAGAAAAGGAGACACUGAAUGAGAGGCUUCCUAUCUGAGAGGCAAGCAAGACAUAUGGCAGAUGUCAGCUCAGACUUCCUACAGAAUAGCUCUGCUGGAGUCCAAGCUUCAAAGAGGAACUGGGGUUGUAAGCUAGGACAUUCCAUGCAAUCAAUUAACCCCUUUUGAAAUUGGAAAUGUACUUUUAGGAUGUUGUAAGAAUGUAUGUUUUCUAAAGAGAUAAUGUAAUUUAGAUGUGUACUUUGCAGCAGUCUCCAGAAUGCCCCGGAAUGUGAUUUAGGAAACCCCUUGCAUGGGGAGUUACAUCAAAGGCUGUGUGUGGCUUUCAAUAAAGCAGUUCAUCCACAGCAUAGAGCCUCAUCUCAUGUGUGUGGGAGAAAGCUAUACCAGCUAUAAUUACUUGCUAUACUGCUCUUUGGAUUGCUAUACAGCUAUACUCUGUUGGAGGAGAGGUCUUCACACUGGGAGCUGGAGGUGUUGGUCCAGGAUGGAAAGGGACGGUGAGACCCCGGCCAAGCUGCAUCGGCUAAGGGGUCUACGGUGCUUAUGGGGUCCGGUGCGGUGCUUAUGGUACUCAGUGAUACUGGUAAUUGGUGGAGGUAUCCAGUCGGGGUGGCAGGCGGUCCGCCACAUUACCAAUCACAAACCAAGCUGGCAUGCCAUAUUAAAAAAUAAUUUAGAUUUUAAAAAAUACAUAUUUUACAAAAUGUGCGUAUACUAUGUCACUUGAGAAUCCUCUAAAUAUAGCAACAAGGACAGAAAAUCCAAUAAACAAAAUUAAAAUAUUAGUAUUAAUACUGCUUCAUUUUAAGACCCACACACACGAUUAAAUAAUAAAAUAAAACAAAUCACAACUAAUCUUAAAAUCUAUUUAGUCUCCGCAGCCAAUAAUAACUUAACCCUGCUAGCAUGAUAACCAGUGGAGCCACCAAUAUAUUUAUAACUAGGUAUUUGUUCAACUUAUUUAUGGCGGGGAUAUCUAAAUGAGAAGGCCAGGUUUGUGGUUCAAGAACUUUAAAAUAUUUAUAUCCAGAAUUCUAGUCUUCAAAUAUGCUUUAAGCUCCACUGAAGGUGAAUAUUUUUUUUUUUUUUUUUAAAGUAUGGGAAGUAUAUGAAAUCCCUAUAUUUAAUAAUCAAAAUUAAUAAGUUGAAAUCAUCCAUAUCACUAUCCCAAAUAAUGAGGAUAUCAUCAAUAAAACAGCGGUAAAUGACCAGCCAGUCCCGCCAAACGUUAUUCUCUCUUCUACUUCCAAUAACCCAUGACUAAAUGAGUGAAGUUGAGAGUAAAGCUGUCUCCCAUCGCAUUACCAUUAAUUCUAAAAUAACAUUUAUUUUAUAAUUAUGCAAUAUUAUAAAUCUUAAAAACUCCACAAUGGAGCUAGCUUGAUCCCAAGGUAGAAGGGAUACUUAAAUAAUGUUCUGUUGUUUUUAUACCAAAAUGAUGUGCCAAGUUCAUAUAUUGGGAACAUGCAUCAAUGUUUGCUUAAUAAGUAUGUAGGGUUUAGAAAAAUGCUCCUCUCUGCCUCAUUCGAUAUUUUCUUUUGCUUUAAGCUGAAGGAAGCUAGUUGAAUUGUUAGUGUAGGACCCACCUAAGAGCUUUGCCCUUGAUGUGGCAGGUGGGCUUACAAUCUAAUGGUCACUGGAGUGAAACGAAAAAAUUCCAUUUAUAUAAAUAUGCACAGGGAUUUGGGAUAGUGAGUAGUAACUUUUUUUCUAUGGUUUUAUUAAAUGAUUAUGUAGACAUAAGAAUCUUUCCAUUCUAUACUGGAUGAAAACUGUAACAAGUGACCUGUAGGGAGAUGUAAGUUGAGUAAAUCAGUGCAUCAGCUAGACUUAUAGAGUUGGAGAUUAUAACAUGUGGGAAAAUCUCGAUAGAACAGCUGCUGAUCCCAAUUAACUAAGUCAUUCACAUACCUCCUUUCUCUCACAGAAUGGCAUAGACAGAUACUCUACAUGCAGAAAUUAAACUAGUAAACAUAGUUUACAGGUAAUUAUGCUCCACAGGUGCUUAUACUAAGUCUAACUAAAAUGUGUCUAGAACUGCAUUACUAUAAGGCAUGCAAAUUGUGUCAGGAAGGGUAGGUAUUAAUAGAACACAGAAUGUGUUCUGAUCAAGCUGUGUAGGUAUUCCACCUGAUCCGGCGCCAUCUUCAGUGGCGCUUGGUAACACAGUCCAGUACUUACGUUGUGGGUAACCAAGCUAGCCCCUCCAGUUAAUUUGCUGGGCAGUCAUCUGAUUCCCCUAUGGGGGUCACUUGUUAGGUGUGGGCUCAGUACACUUUGGGGAGCAGUGUAGCGUUGUGAAGGCGAGGUGCCUCUCCAGCACUGGGGUUUUGGGAGAGCCCUUUUGCCACAAACCUGGAAUCCUUUGGGGUCCAGGGUCUUUCCCUUCAGGAUAGUAUGGUGGGUGCUGCUGUUCUCUCACAGAGUCUGACCCUUCUCCCUCCUUCCCCUUUCAGGUAUUGAGUUUCCUUAGACUUCAACAAGGAGUUGAUAAGGUGAUAGACAAUUUCCCCACCUUCCGUAUAAUGCUCGAGCAAACUGGUGGAUCACGGUGGCUGUCCUUUCACUCAUGCAGUUUAUCUAUCCACUGCCACUUUCUCAGAUUUUAUACAGUUAAUUAUAGUAUCUAGAUCAUUUUGAGGGUUCAAACUCUUUGAACCCCAGUUGUCCCUUAUAUUUCAUUAAGGACUAAUCAAUGCUGAUAUUUUUGGGAGGAAUAUAAAGUUUUGCAAACUUGGAGUGGAUUUUUUGUUAUUGUUUGGGGGGAAAAAAUGGGGCUACUGCAAAUAGGAUUUUUUUUUUACCAAUAUUACCAAAUAUCUGGCUUCUUAAUAAUUCCCAUUAGAAUUGUGAGUGACCAAAAUUGUUUUAGUUCAGGAACACUGGUGGGACACCAUGUCUCUUUUCUGGCUAUAAACGACACCAGGUAGGAUAUUGCUUGACAUAAAUAUUUGUCUGGGUGACAAUCUCCUAAAGCAUCAUCUCACAGGAACACCUGCAUAAACUCCAGUGACCUAUAAAUGGACAUGUACGCCUGUAUGCCAUAUGUUGCUGUGAAAGGAGGAAUUUCUAGGAUAAGGUUUUUAGGGGAGACCCAGUUAUUUACAUUAAGGGUAGUGCUGGGGAAUCUGUGCUUUCUGCUGUGAGACCUACAGCAUUAGGUGAAUAAUCAUAUUCAUAUGAGGCGCUAUCUGUAGUCUUUGAGUCAAGCGUCAGAAUUCUGUAAGCCUCCUCAGCACUGAAUUUCCUAAACAUUUUGAAGUUUUUUUUUUUAUAAGAACUUUAAAAAGUAAAAAUGUGUUUAUAAUGAUGCAUAUUAAACUCUAAAUCACUAACUAAUGCCUCAAUUUAAUGUUUUUUGCAUACGCUUUUUAAAUACUAAAAACAAAAAACAUAAAUAGAUGGCCAGGUAGGUCCACUGCGCUGAUCACAUAUAGUCAGUGGUAUAAAGUACUCCUGAUAGUCCGGCUGAGUAUCACUGUUACUUUCCACCUUCCUCUGCUAUUUUCGGACCAUCCAUGUCAAAAACUCGGUGCCCUCUGGAACACUCAGAAGCCCUCCUCGAAUCGAUCCAAUCAGCAGUUGAAGAUUAUAAAUAGCCAGUAAUUAUUGCAGUUGAAUAUAGUAAAUGAUUAUAGCUUUACCCCCAUCAAAAGCGUAACUAAUUUUAUAGCGGGAGGGCUAUUUAUAUCAGACAAGGGGUCAUUUGCAUCCAAUAGUACAAUAAACCAGUAAAUACAGUUCCUCAUCAAGUCCUGCUUGCAUUCCUGCCGUAACAGCCUCAUCUUCUCCAAACAAACAAUCUAGUCAGAUGUCCUAGCACCAAUGCCUUUUUUGCCCCCUCUGGUGAUAGUUCAAAAUCGUGGUAAAACAGCCUUGAUCUCCUCACCCUGACCAGUUACUUCCAAACCCAGGGUGUCCAAAGAUAAAAAACAUACAAACAUUAUUUUUUUCUAUUAAAAGUGACAUUUUAAUAUAAUUAAAACAAGAUGAAAUACACAGACUUUAUAACAACAAAAAAAUGACUACCCUGUAAAACUCCCACCCAAACAAUAGGAAUUCCUGCCCUGCAACCCUGGGUCCAUGACAAAUUGCUCACAUCACUGGAAUUCAAAGUAUUAAAUAAAUUGACUAUAUUGUUUAUUAGGACCUCUAGACUUCUUGUUAGGAUAUUAAAUAAGAAAAUGUUCUAAUUUUGAGUAUGUUCUUUCCAAUAGAUGGUUCCACAAACAGAAAUGAAAGCAGUGAAUUGUACACUUCAGUUUGUUCUCCGGAUUGUAUAACCGAAGAUAAUAAAAUCACAUUUAAUAAAAAAAUAAACUGUGUGGCAGUCCGUACAAACAGUGAAUCUUUGUGUCAGGAAACCACAGAAUCUGAAGAAGAAAAUCUCAGAGACAUUAAUAUGUCCAUAGAACAUAGAAAGACAGAAUAUCCAUCUACUCAUGUUAAGGAGGAAUCAGACUCAUGUGAAGAAGACACAGACAUUUUUAUACCUACAGAAGACCUACAGGUAGAACAUCCAUCUGCUCUUAAGGAGGAAACAAACUCGUAUGAGGGAGAAGAUCUUGCACACACUUAUACACCCACAGAAGAUACAAAGAUAGAAUAUUCAUAUGCUCAUAUUAAGGAGGAGUCAGAUUCUUGUGAGGACAGCAGUCUCCCAGCCAUAGACAUUUAUACACAUACAGAAGAUAAUCAGAUAGCAUACCCAUCAACUUAUAUGAAGGAAGAAUCAAAUUCUUGGGAAGAAAACAAUUGUGUUGAAACUUCCAUUUUUACAACCAAGAUGGACUAUAGAUCAAAGUGUGAAUCGGCAUCAAAUGAAAAACAAAUUCUCAUGAGCACUGAUAUUUAUACACGCACAGACCAUACACAGACAGAAUAUCCACCUGACCAUAUUAAGGAAGAAUCAGCCUCAUGUGAAUCCAAUGCUCUCACCAGCACCGAGGCUUAUACAUCCACAGGAGAACAGAUGGACUAUACAUCAAAUUUUGAUUUGGUAUCACACAAACAAGGAAAUCUCAGAGACACUGACAUUUAUACACCCAUAGAACAUACACAGACAGAGUAUCCAUCUACUCAUAUUAAGGAGGAAAUGGCCUCAUAUGAAGAUGGAAAUCUCACCAUCUUAAACUUUCUUUCUCCUAUGUGUCAUACUGGAAUGCAAUACAAUGGGAAUAGUAUCUGCAUUGAUGGUGCUAAGGUUUCAUCUACCAAUUUCGAGCUUCCUAAACAUCAGAGUGUCAAUAAAGGAAAUAAAUUGACCAGUGCAGUUGAUAUUGUACGUGAGUAUUUUAAGCAGAAACCACAUUUUAUAAGACAUAUGGGAACUCCCAAUGGAGAGAAGACAAUUUCUUGUUCUGAAUGUGGGAAAUGCUUUGCGCAGUCAGCACAUGUUAAAAGACAUAUGAGGAUUCACACAGGAGAGAGACCAUUUUCAUGUUCAGAAUGUGGGAAAUGUUUCACUCAAAUGACAAAUCUUAAGUCACAUCAGAGGAUUCACACAGGAGAGAAACCGUAUUCUUGUUCUGAAUGUGGGAAAUGUUUCACUUAUAUGUCGCAUCUUAAGAUACAUCAGAGAAUUCACACAGGAGAGAAACCAUUUUCUUGUUCAGAAUGUGGGAAAUGCUUUGAUUACAUGUCAGAUCUUAAGGCACAUCAAAGGAUUCAUACAGGAGAGAAACCAUUUUCUUGUUCAGAAUGUGGAAAAUGUUUCACUGACCUUUCUAAUCUUAGGAAUCAUCAAAAGAUUCACACAGGAGAGAAAUUAUUUUCAUGUUCUGCAUGCCGUAAGUGCUUCACUCUCAUGUCCAAUCUUAAGAUACAUCAGAGGACUCACACAGGAGAGAAACCAUUUUCUUGUUCUGCAUGUGGGAAAUGCUUCACUCAAAUGUCACAUCUUAAGAUACACGAGAGGACGCAUACAGGAGAGAAACCAUUUUCUUGUUCUGAAUGUGGGAAAUGUUUCACUCAAAUGUCACAUCUUAAGAUACAUCAGAGGAUUCACACAGGAGAGAAACCAUAUUCAUGUUCAGAAUGUGGGAAAUGCUUUUCUGAUCGUUCAGCGCUUAAGACUCAUAAGAGGAUUCACACAGGAGAGAAACCAUUUUCAUGUUCAGAAUGUGGAAAAUGCUUUCCUCACCAUUCAGCUCUUAAGACUCAUCAGAGGAUUCACACAAGAGAUAAAACACUUUUAUUACUCUGAAUAUGAGAAAUAUUCCAGUUAAAGUUCAGGUCUUUGUUCACAUGAGCGGAUUCAUACAAAAAUUCAUUAUUUUACUAAGAACAUAGAAAAAUAUUUUUUGUAAACAGAAGGCUUUUUGCUCGUCAGAUGAUUCCCGCAGGAUAGCAGUAUUUCAGUGACUAAGUGAGAUACCAAGUUGAAUUCAAAAUUAAUUUUAAAAUUUGAAAGUCAAAAUGCCUAAACUGGAAAAAAUCUCUCAAGCUAACUAUGAUUUUACUACUCUGGCAUAAAAUUUUAAAUUAAUUUUGGUUUAUCCCAUUAGUAAACAACCCUUUUUGCAUUCUAAUUAUUGUACAAAACCAAAGUGAAAAGGAAUGUAUUACCAACAUCUUAACCAAUUCAAACUAGAUAUCUCUGCAUAUGGAUAGUUACUUCUUAUGAUUUCUCAAAAAAUUUCUUUCUUAUAGGAACAAACCUUUAUUUAUAGCACUGAAGUAUUAUCUGGUCUCUACAUUUCUGUCCCAAUCCCCAAAACUCGUAAAAAAAAAAGAGGUUCAUUUUGGCCAAUCCACUAGCUUUCACAGAGAAACAUUAGGAGGUUGGGUGCAUGUUCUGCAAUUGUCUCAUUGUGUCUGGAAUGAUUCUUCUUCGAGUGAGCCUUAGGUGAGGAAAAACACCCUCCUGGCUGUCUGACAGCUUUAGAUAAGUGCAAAUUUCUUUAUAUAUUAUAUAUAUUUACACAAACAAUACUCUACACAAAAAAAGGAUAAAACUAAACUUGCUAUAUAUAUAUAUCUUGGUCAAUGUCUAAGUUAGGACUGAAACGUUGACGUUUACAUUGUACUUAUGCACUAAUCUGAUUCAAUAAAGUUUUCUUUUUAUUGGAUAUCUCUCUCUCUCUCUUAUAUAUAACAAAAAACACGGUCCUGCACUAAUUUAUCAGUUUUGCUUGCCAAGGUGCCCCUCCAGCCUUUUAAACAAUGUUUGCAAACUUUAUUCACCAAUAUUCAGUAACUUUACAGUAUCACCA